AUGGAUGCAAGCAGCAAAUCAGGCCCUGUUUAUCUGUUAGGUAUGUAACAUGCCAACAGAAACACACAACAAUUAUGUUUUUCCAUUCAACCUCGCCAAAGAACCUUUUCCUUCCUUCAUUCAAUAAAUAUACCAAACCUUUAUUAAAUAAGACCAACCAAUGUGCCACAGAAUAGCGAGCAAGCUUUUGAGAUUAACAUGCGGUGAUAAGAACAAAAGUCACAUGGUUGCUUUCAUACCCAGUUUGGAACCUCUAUUAUGUAAUAACCAUUAUUUAUCAUUUCUGUGGCAUUCAGCAAUGCAUAGAAGCAAUGAUCCUAUUUAUCCUAACCUGUUUAGCCUGUGAUUAAAAUUCACGCGGUUACUGCUUUUAUAAUGUAUAUGAUCUCUUUAUGAUGUGUAGCAUUUCCUAUUGUGUUAGAGGUGACAUUAAUUCAGCAAUACAUUAUAUAUAAUGUAUAUAACAUUGUUAUCUCAAAUGAUUGCUAUUGUCAUUUGAAAUCAUUAGAGGUAUUGAUAGCCAUCUAGUGUAUAAAUCUGUAAGAUAUACUUAUAAGAUAACUUAGAUCUGGGUAAAUUCUAUUCCUGGCACUGCAUCCUGAAGAAUAACAUAGAGUGGUGGCCCAAAACCAAGCAUUUUCUGCUGUUGCCCCUGUAUUAUGAAAUGUCCUUCUCUCUGCCAUGCAUAAAGUAGCAACCUUCAGUUGCUUCUGAUGGCUCUGUAAAGACAUAAUGAUCACAGCUCAUUGUAGAAGUAAACACAAUCAAAUCAGAUCAGACUGCAUUAUUUAGCUUUAUUGCUAAUUAAUAAUAAUAAUAAUACAGUGGACGCUUGGGUUGCGAACGUGAUCUGUGCGGGAAGCACGUUCGCAACCCGCAGCGUUUGCAACCUGCAGUGGGUUGUGAUUCGGCGCUUCUGCGCAAAGCGCAAUUUAGCGUUUCUGCACAUGCGCAAGCGCCAAAACCUGGAAGUAACCCUUUCCGGUACUUCUGGGUUCGGCGCGGUGCACAACCUGAAAUCGUGCAACCCGAAGCAUCUGUAACCUGAGGUAUGACUGUAAUAAUAAUUUUAUUUUUUAUAUGUUGCUCAUCGGACAGGGUUGCCCCAGUAAAAGCUGGGAGCUUUUUCUCUCGCUAAUGGGCAAGCUGGAAAUGCAACAAACAGCUUGGCAGCGGAGCAUCUUGCUUUGCACAGCAGAGGCCUCCAGCACAUCUCCAAGCAGGCACAGGAAGAAUCUUGCAUCAGAAACUCUGAGUGCUGCAGCAGCUCAAGACCCCAAGGGGGAAAGACAGUCGCAGCUGAGCCGUAAAGCCUCUGCUUAGCAGGCAGAAGGUCCCAGCUCCAUUCCUCAAGAGCAUCUCCAAGCUAGACCUGGAAAUGUUGCUCGUCUGAAACCCUGGAGAGCCCCCAGCCAGCCAGUGAUUAGUUGGCAUCCAUCUGUCUUGGGAGACACCUUUGGGGGCGAAGUCCAAUUGUUGGAAGGCUGAAGAACCUGCUGUGGCUGUAGAGACUGAUAGGGGAGAGACAUAUUUUGUUGCAGCUGGGGCAGACGAAGGUGUCCGGUUGUGCUGCUGCAAGAUGCACCAGGGCAUUUCUUCUCUCUGUGGUCCUCCUAGCGGUCACUCCUCUUCUGCUCACUGCUGUGGAUACAUGGCCUGUGUGUCUUCUGCAAGGAAUUCCCAUCAGGUAGGGUUAACGCUGCCAGCCUUCAUGUCAUGUCUGCAGACAUAUCUGAUGGGGCGUACCUUCCGGUUGGGCCUGCCAAGGGCACAGACACAGGUACGGGGCAAAAAUCACACCUGUCCACUUUGGCUUGGAGUGGCUAGAAGCCUGCCUGCUCCCUGGACGGCUGGGUGAGGUGCUGGCUCCUCUAGGCAUCUCGGUGGAGAAAUCCGGUCUCUGGUGUGGACUAUCACAGGAGCCCUGCGCCGUGGCACAAAGACAUCUCCUUGCCAAGAGCGCCAGGAAGCCUAGGCGCGCCUCUGCACCUUGCAACACGGAGUUGGCGCACCUCUGAAACCCAAGCAAGACUCCUUGCAAUCACAGAACUGGUUUCACGUCCGUGGUGGAAUCCUGCCUUUUCCCAUUCUUUGGACAUGACCAAGCCAGCGUAGAGCCAGGAACGCAAACAUGCUGUUAACGUGGGCUUGGGAGAGCACAUCUUUGCUGGAGACUGGAACUACACAAGGCAGCUUCCUCUGCUUUCUGAGUCGGCGGCGGCGGCACCAGUUCCGCCUCCUCUUUCCCGGGUCUCGGCGCGCGCUUCGGCGGCCCAGGAUCCCUGCGCAAAGCCCGCCCGCCGCCUCCUCCUCUCCUUUACGCACGACUUUUGCGCGCAGAAGGCGGAGCAGCGAGGCCGGGGGAGGAGGCUAAGCUGCCCGCUGCCGGCUCUUCUUUCCCUCCCCUGCUCCCCCCGGGAAGCGGCUUGCUCUCUGCUUCACUCUCUCUCUUUUUCUUGUUUUUCCCCCCCCCCUUUAAUUAUUAUUUUCCACCCCCCUUUCCCUUCCCUCUUUCCCCCCCUUCUUCCCCUUUUCCUUUCGCCUCCCCUUCCUAAGCAAGCAAGGCGCUUUUCUCUGCCCUGGGGGCAGCAACUGCACCAACCACAACAAAAGGGCCAGUUUUUUCUCUCUCUUUCUCUUUCUCUUCCUCACCUCCCCCUUCUCUCUCUUUCCCUUUUUUUGCUUUCCCUCCAAAGCGCAACGGAGAGCCCCAAGCGAAGCACCCGCCACCAUGGAGGCAUGAACACCGGAGGCAGCUGCAGCCCCGCCGCCGCCUCUUCUUCCCCAUCAACCAUGGACCGAGCAGGAAACUAACGAAGAGCAACUAAGCAAACCAUCUCUCUUUCACGCCUGGAGCUGCCACCAUGGGGUUUUAAUGGACCGGAUGCUGGCCAAUUGCAACAGGGGAUUUCUACGGCUUUGCAGGGGAGGUGAGCCAAAUUAAUAAUAAAUAAUAAUAAUAAAUACUUGGCCGUUGCAGAUCAGGAUGCAAGCCCCUUUGUUGAUAUCCGUGAUAGAGUCUGAAAUCCAAGCAAGACUCCUUUUGCAGUCGAAGGCUGCAUCCUGGCCACGUUCGCCUGUUGUAUGCAUUUCUAUAUCUUUGCAUUGACCUGUGUUUGCACCCUUGAUCUGCACAAACCUCCAUGCACAAACCAUUUGUGCGGAGUAGGCCAGAGCAGGACUUGAGCAACUUCAAAUAUACGCAACGCUGGUGUUUCGAAAGCGGUUCCUGUUUGCAUUCUGCCGGAUUACGUUAUUUAUUUAUUCUUUCGCACUCCCCUGCUGCAUUGUUCCAUAUUUUUCGCCCCGCGUGUGCGCUUUAAGAGGGAGGUGGUGCCUAAGCCAUUGCCCGUGUUGUUGUUUACAUAAUACAUGCGGGGACCCUUCCGCGGGCGGCCUGCUGUGUAGCAAGCGCGCUCUUUUCGCGCUGCUGCAACGCCGAGCGCGUCUCCAAGAAAACUGCGCGCGCGUUUGCAACGGAGUGCAGACCGUUUAUGUGCCCGGUGCAGGACGGCUUGCGGCUUGCAUGCAAGGCGCAAUGUAAAGGAAACGGGCGGUGAGCAGUCAAGGCUGCGGUCGGAUGCAAGCUCUCUAGGGAGCCAGACCCAUUGUACUCUGCUGGGGUUUGCAUCUGAGUUUAUACGUGGUUAGGAUCCGGCGUUUGCUUUGCGCGCGCUUUGACCUUCUUUUGGAUGCCUUUGGAGCAAGUUCAGUGGUGCAUAUUCCGUUUGGUUCACUGGGGGGACGGAAAACACUCAGCAGUGGCAAGGAAAGAAGGGGGGGGGAGUCAGUUCUGCAGAGAACACCUAGCGGGAGGCCUUGCAUUGUUUCCUGGAAUUUGUGCAUUUGGCAGCAAAGACCCUAAAUGGUGCAAACUCGGCUGCCCCCAGCGAGUGACUGUUUUGGAAAAGUGGCUCUCUCCAUCCCCGCUCCUAAUCCUGGCCGUGCCUGUACAGUAGUUUCAGUUCCAGGUUAGCGCUUGUUUAUGUCCGAGCGGCCCGCACCGCUCCGUCUCCUGGUUACGUCAUUGUGGCUGCCAGAAGCGUUGCAGAGUCUGGGAGCCGCUGCAUUUGAAAGGCAGUUUGGGUCCUGUCGAGCUCAUCUGCAGCAGGGAUGCCCCAGGAGCCUAGCGGGCGAUGCCUGGGGUGACUGAAUCCUUUUUUUUUUUUUUGCAGAGUUUUUGCAUCCCUCUUGUCUGGAGGGGGGUGGCAAUCCUUGCAAGCGAAUGGUUGUAGCAUUAAAGGCCUAACUCCUGGGUCUGCAAGGAAUUGGAGUGGGGGCUUGCACUAAGACCCGGGGGCCGGAUCCGGCCCAAUUGCCUUCUAAAUCUGGCCCGCAGACAGUCCAGGAAUCAGCAUGUUUUUACAUGAGUAGAAUGUUAUUUAAAAUGCAUCUCUGGGUUAUUUGUGGGGCCUGCCUGGUGUUUUUACAUGAGUGGAAUGUGUGCUUUUAUUUAAAAUGCAUCUCUGGGUUAUUUGUGGGGCAUAGGAAUUCGUUCUUUUUUUUCCUUUCCAAAAUAUAGUCUGGCCCCCCACAAGGUCUGAGGGACAGUGGACCGGCCCAUGGCUGAAAACGUUUGCUGACCCCUGCCCUAAUCAGUGCAACCUUGCAGUAAAAUACCCAGGAUCUUGCCCUUGGGACAGUGCCACUGCACAAAAACUUUGCAUGCCAGCCGUGGGCAGAGGGAGAGGUGUGUGGCAGGGGCUGGAGGUGGGAGUGGCCACGCUUAGUGCAGAGUUCAAUCCUUGCCAACAGGGACUAGAGAUCUCCUUUCGCUGGUGUCAUGUUGCAACCACCCAAAUGCAAGCAUUAACUAAAAAAAGAAAGCCCAGCGUGCCAAGACCUGUAGCCAAAACAGAUUGCCGGGUGCCAAAUGAUUUUUUUGUUUUGUUUUGGUUUUUUACAGAGUGCAAUUCUUCCUUGCCUGUAAGCUUUGCAGAGCGAAAAGCAAAAAGGAGUCCUUGCUCCAAGGACUAUAUAGUCUUAAAUAGAUGUGUCUUAGUUUGCGCCAGUGCGAGGUGUUCGUUUCGCUUAUGUAACAGUUCUGCCACACAUGUAAACGAAGCACAGAAUGUGCUUCUGGGCGUAUCCUUAAAACUUUCUGGGUAUCUGUUUGCAACUUUAAAAAAGUUACGUUUCUGGCAGAAGUCCUUGCCGCUCCCUGUGACUAGGAAAGCCAGAAUAAAUUGGGCAUGAUGGUAACCAUUGCUGAAAAUAUUGUGCAGAUCCAAAGAAGAAGAAUGGUAUUUCUCAGAGGUUGAGUAGCACUUUGUGUAAAGAAAAUCCCUGUUUCAGUCUCUGUUGCCUCUAGGUAGGGCUAUGAAGGAUGCUUUGCUGCAUAUUGAACACAAUUGGCCAUUGGUCUGGCGUUGUAUAAAUCAACUUGUUAUGUUCCUUGAACCAGGCAUGUUGGCUCCACUUGCAUCGUUGACUCAAAGGAUUCAUCUUUCUUUGGCAAAGGAUGUUAAACCUUUUCCUUCGCUUGGAGCAACAAAAAACCUGGCUUGGGGUUAGCUUUCAUGAGUGACAAAUGGAAAUGUUUUCAAUAAAAACCCUGCUUUGCUGAUGAUUCAUGUAUUUCAAUAAAAACACUCCAUAGAUCCUAAAAUACGACCUACACCAACUGCAAAACUUCCCCAGUGAUCUGUGCUUCUCGUAUUGCAAUCCAUACUCCAUCCCUGUAAGAUAGAUUGGUAUUUUUGCCCUGCUCCUGCAGAUUUCGUGGGGCUGAAACAGAUUUUGGCUUUUCUCCUUAACAGGGACAGAGGAAGCUGCAUUAUACCGAGUCAGACCGUUGGUCCAUCUGCCUCAGUAUUGUCUACACUGACUGGCAGCAGCUCUCCAAUGUUUCAGGCCAGAUUCCCAAAUCUACCUCCCAAUGAAUUCAGAGGAUCAUAUCUCUUGAGUAGACAUGCACAGGAUUGCAGUUAUCUGCUGUAGCAUUCCAGCUCUUUUUCUUUCCUUUUAAAAUAAAUUUUUAUUUGAUUUUCAAAAAUAUAAACACACCACAAAACCAAUUCCGAAUCCAAAUGCUGAGAUUACUCUGAAUCUCCUGACUCCCCCCCCCCCGCAUCCCUUCCAUGGGUCCUAUUAAUCCUAUUUUCAACUGCAUAUCACUACUUCUCAAAAAAAAAAUUCUAACCUUUCUAAGUUAUCCAUACAUUACAGAUGUGUUUAAAAUCCCGCCAAAGUUUCAAUCUGCUUGCAAUAAUCUUCUACAGUGGUACCUUGGGUUACAUACGCUUCAGGUUACAGACUCCACUAACCCAGAAAUAGUACCUCGGGUUAAGAACUUUGCUUCAGGAUGUGAACAGAAAUCGUGCUCCGGCGGCGCGGCAGCAGCAGGAAGCCCCAUUAGCUAAAGUGGUGCUUCAGGUUAAGAACAGUUUCAGGUUAAGAACGGACCUGCGGAACGAAUUAAGUACAGUAGUACUUAACCCGAGGUACCACUGUAUAUACCAUCAUAAACUUUUCCCAUUCUUUUUUUAAAGAUCUUGUCUUCUUGGUUCCUGAGCUUCCCAAUGAAUUUUGCCAUUUUGGCAUAGUCCAUCAACUUGGUUUUCCAUUCUUCUCUGGUUGCGGUUGUCUCUUCUUUCCAUCUCUGGGCUAGUAACCGUUCGUGCAGCUGUUUUUAACAAAACUUAUUUUAAACAUUCUCCCCCCCCCCCAAUUUCAUUAUAUAUCAGAGCAUUCCAGCUCUUUAUAAUACAGUGGUACCUCGGUUUAGAGGGACGCGGGUGGUUCUGUGGGUUAAACCACAGAGCCUAGGACUUGCCAAUCAGAAGUUCGGCGGUUCGAAUCCCCGCGACGGGGUGAGCUCCUGUUGCUCGGUCCCUGCUCCUGCCAACCUAGCAGUUCGAAAGCACGUCAAAGUGCAAGUAGAUAAAUAGGUAAACGGCGUUUCCGUGCGCUGCUCUGGUUCGUCAGAAGCAGCUUAGUCAUGCUGGCCACAUGACCUGGAAGCUGUACGCCGGCUCCCUUGGCCAAUAAAGCGAGAUGAAUGCCGCAACCCCAGAGUCGGCCACGACUGGACCUAAUGGUCAGGGGUCCCUUUACCUUUACCUCGGUUUAAGAACAGUCCUGUUUAAGAAUGAUUCGGUUCACAAACUCCGCGAAACCGGAAAUAGUGUCCUGGUUUGCGACUUUUACCACGGUCUAAGAACGGAAUCGGAAUGGUGGAAGGGCGCCUGCGGCGUAAGGCCUCAUUAGGGAAAGCGUGCCUCGGUUUAAGAACGGUUUCGGUUUAAGAAUGGACUUCCGGAAUGUCGUAAACCAAGGUACCAUUGUAAAUAGAAAAUGCCUUGUGGCUGCAAAGGUGUCUUGUUAAUACAGUUUGGAAAGUGUAUGUCCAGUGAUUUCUGGAUGUGCAACCUGUGAACUGGUAUGUCACAACUGCCUGCAAUCUGUGCAGUAGGGACCCCUUUUUACAACCUCAUUCAACCCUAUUGGUGUAAUAGAUGGCUUUCUUUGAAGUUCUUUCAUCUCCCCCCCCACCCUGCAGUGAUGCCUUUGUUGUUUGAGAGUUUGGGAUCUUUAGGAUAUAGCUGAUUGCAGCAGUUCCCCUUCUGCCCCUAUAAUCUCCCUGCAGGCGCUAGGAUUUUGUGUGUGCAUAUUUUUGCAACGUGAGACUGGCUCAAACGUAACUCACGAAGCAGCCGCAGAGAAUUAAUUACUGUCUUGAGGGAUUCUCUUUCAGAUCUUGGUAACAAUAUUUUUUUUCUUCUGUUGAGAAAAAGGUCUGCAGGGAUGCAGCAGUGCACCUUGAAACAACCACACAAUCUCUGAGCCACCAAGUCAGGUGUGAAGUUUGUCCUGCAAAAAAACCCUUUAUUUUUGUCUCUUUGCCAGAAGGUCUAGAACAGGGGUCAGCAAACUUUUUCAGCAGGGGGCCGGUCCUCUGUCCCUCAGACUUUGUGGGGGGGCUGGACUAUAUUUUGAAGAAGAAGAAAAAAUGAAUGAAUUCCUAUGCCCCACAAAUAACCCAGAGAUGCGUUUUAAAUAAAAGCACACAUUCUGCUCAUGUAAAAACACCAGGCAGGCCCCACAAAUAACCCAGAGAUGCAUUUUAAAUAAAAGGACACAUUCUACUCAUGUAAAAACACGCUGAUUCCUGGACUGUCUGCGGGCCGGAUUGAGAAGGCGAUUGGGCCAGAUCCGGCCCCCGGGCCUUACUUUGCCUACCCAUGGUCUAGAAAAAUAGCUAAUUUUCUUAGACACUCGUGCUAAAUUUCUGGGAGUCCGGGUUUGGAAGGCUGCAUUCAGAUGAGGGGUUUAUUGCAUUCGUUUUGCUGGUUAUAUUGGUAGUACACCUGUCAUGGUUUCUAAGGUGGGUUUUACGCUGUAGUACCACAGAGCCUAGGACUUGCCGAUCAGAAGGUCGGUGGUUCGAAUCCCCGUGACGGGGUGAGCUCCCGUUGCUCGGUCCCUGCUCCUGCCAACCUAGCAGUUCGAAAGCACGUCAAAGUGCAAGUAGAUAAAUAGGUACCACUUUGGCAGGAAGGUAAAUGGCGUUUCCGUGCGCUCCUCUGGUUCGCCAGAAGCGGCUUAGUCAUGCUGGCCACAUGACCCGGAAGCUGUACGCCGGCUCCCUCAGCCAAUAAAGCGAGAUGAGCGCUGCAACCCCAGUCAGUCAUGACUGGAUCUAAUGGUCAGGGGUCCCUUUACCUUUACCUGUCGCCUUACGCGACGUGGGUGGUGCUGUGGGUUAAACCACAGAGCCUAGGACUUGCCGAUCAGAAGGUCGGCGGUUCAAAUCCCCGCGACGGGGUGAACUCCCGUUGCUCGGUCCCAGCUCCUGCCAACCUAGCAGUUCGAAAGCACUUCAAAGUGGAAGUAGAUAAAUAGGUACUGCUCCGGCAGGAAGGUAAACAGCGUUUCUGUGCGCUGCUCUGGUUUGCCAGAAGCGGCUUAGUCAUGCUGGCCACAUGACCCAGAAGCUGUACGCCGGCUCCCUUGGCCAAUAAAGCGAGAUGAGCGCCGCAACCCCAGAGUCGGCCACGACUGGACCUAAUGGUCAGGGUCCCUUUACCUUUACCUGUUGCCUUAUGGAAGUAUGACAAUAACUUUAUGACAACAAGACCUGUUCGACGGAGGGGAACUCUCUUUCCUUGGAGGUUUUUAAACAGAGGUUGAAUGGCCUUCUGUCAUGGAUGCUUUAGCUGAGAUUUCUGCAUUGCAGGGGGUUGGAAUAUAUGACUCUUGGGGUCCCAUCAAACUCUACAUCUCUAUGGUUUUAUGUGCCUUCAUCCACGUAUUUCAGGUGCGUUCCCCCUGGGGGGAUGUUCUGGAGUUCUGCCCAUCUCUCCCCUGCUCUGCCCCACAUCAUCGACCGGUGGGGAAAUGAUGUUUGUAACUUUAAAGUAAAUAUUAUUGUGUUGCUGGGGAGAGAUAACUUGCUUCGACUGAGGCAGGCUACUGUGUGCCCCACAUCACCUCCGGUUGUGGUGCAGUUGAAGCCCUGCGUUUUAGCGAAACAUCCUAAAUCUUCUCUGGCGAUAUAUAAACAGGAGCAGCAAAAUAAUCUGCACUUUGUUGGAUGAAAGCAAUUGCUCCUUUGAUGUUUGCAUCUGAAGGUAUUUUGCCUCUGGGGCUUUCAGCUUGCAGGGGGAAAACCAAAACCUAAGGUGUGUUGUAUUUGGGCCCUUUCCAGAUGAUUGCAUUUUGUAUGUAAAAAAAGAGAGAGAGAGAGAGAGGUAUAGCCAGUAGGGAGUUCUGGGUGGCUGAGGAGGGAUCCAAAUGUGUACCUCCCAAGGGAUUCUUUACAAACUUUCCAACAGAAAAAUAUUAUUUGUUUUCUUGGGGGAAAAUAAUUUUAUCCCCUCUCUUCCCACCACCAUAUGUACUGCUUUCGUUGCUGUCUUUUACAUACAGAUGUAGGAAUUGUGAUUCUGCAAGGCCCCAUCCGCACUACAAAUUUAAAGCACAAUGAUACAGUACCACUUUAAACAGUCAUGGCUUCCCCCAAGGAAUCCUGGGAACUGUAGUUUGUCAAGAGUGCUAAGAACUGUUGGGAGACUCGUAUUCAUAGCUGUAAACUUUUCCCUUUUCUUGCGAGGAAUCUUAUUCGGAAUAAGGGAAUUUCCCUUAAAAAAAAGGGAACCGUUGGCAUCUAUGCUCGUAUUCUUCCUCACUGAGCUGCAUUUCCCUAGAGCUCCCUGGGAAGUGGAAUAAUAAUAAUAAUAAUAAUAAUAAUAAUUUGCUUUUUUGUACACUGCUCAGCUGACUGGGUUGCCCCAGCCACACUUGUUGUUGUUUAGUCGUUUAGUCGUGUCCGACUCUUCGUGACCCCCUGGACCAGAGCACACCAGGCACUCCUGUCUUCCACUGCCUCCCGCAGUUUGGUCAAACUCAUGUUCGUAGUUUCAAGAACAGUGUCCCCUUCUCCUUGUCCCCUGUUGUCCCCUUCUGCUUGUGCCCUCAAUCUUUCCCAACAUCAGGGUCUUUUUCAGGGAGUCUUCUCUUCUCAUGAGGUGGCCAAAGUAUUGGAGCCUCAGCUUCAGGAUCUGUCCUUCCAGUGAGCACUCAGGGCUGAUUUCCUUCAGAAUGGAUCGGUUUGAUCUUCUUGCAGUCCAUGGGACUCUCAAGAGUCUCCUCCAGCACCAUAAUUCAAAAGCAUCAAUUCUUCAGCGAUCAGCCUUCUUUAUGGUCCAGCUCUCACUUCUUUAUGGUCCCAGCCACACUAGUCAGCUUGUAAUAUAAUAUACAGAGAAGCAGCAGCAGCAUCAACAACAGAAUUGUUAAACCCUCUGGGAAUUGUAGCUCUGUGAGGAGGGCAGGAGUCUCAGCGCCCUUAUCAAACUACAGUUCCCAGGAAUCUUUGAGGGAAACUCAUGGCUGUUAAUAAUGUUGCAAAUGUGUCGUGCAGAAGGCGCCCAAGUUUGAUGGCAGCAUUUGGGGGAGGAUUUACCACAAGGCACAAUACGGUGAUGUGGGAAACAGCUGGGUCUGGGUCUGUUCAUUUCUUUAGGCUUUGUGGAUAGACAGAUAAUCCUGAUAGAUUAUUACCACACUAGUGAGAACGAUGGGAACGCAGUUCAAAUUAUCUUCUUCAAGCACCAAAGCAUAUUCACUUGGCCCUGCAGGCAUCUGUUGCCUACUUAGUAUUGUUGCACGUGAACUGGGUCUUCAUAUGUGCUGCUUGGAUUUUUAAAUUUUUUUUAGCUUAUGGAUUUUUGUUGCUGUGUCAGGGUUUUUCCCUGCCUGCAGGUGUUGUGUGGUGUCUCAUAAAUGUGAACAGUGCUUGGACUAAUCAACUGGUCCCCCAGGGAGACAAAUCAAUCUGGCCUUAAGUUGUGUUGCAAAAAGGUGUGUAUGGUUUGGAGGGGGAACCACACCACAAGAGUUCUCUUCAGCUCCCGGCCUUGCGUAGAUUGUAACCCGAAUUAGGCAGUGCAGAAUCUCUCUUUCCUUUGCUGAAAUCUUACCAUGAUUUGAGUCUCAGUCUGCAUGCACACCACACAUUUAAAGUCAACGCAGCCCCCCAAAGAAUCCUGAAAACUGUAGUUUACCCUCUCACAGAGCUACAAUUCCCAGCACCCUUCACAAACUACAAUUCCCAGGGAAGUCAAUGUGCUUUACAUUUAUGAUGUUUAUGCAGCCUCCGUUUCCAGUUCCAGAGCUGUUGAAAUCACGUUAUUUUCUCCUUGUUUGAACUUUGGAGUGGAGGAGUCUCUUCGCUUAAUGGUUAACCUGCCCUGUCUUGUCUCAGCCAUUUCCUUGCGUGCUUAUAGUCAAUUGCUUAAUAUGGGAUGGAACCCAGAGGAUUUUAAUUGAAUAAUAUUAGGGUUAAUAGAAAGUGUGCACACUUCUUCUUUUUUCAAAAAACAACAACAACAACCCUCAAAAACCUGAAUACAGUGGUACCUCAGGUUACAUAUGCUUCAGGUUACAUACGCUUCAGGUUACACACUCCACUAACCCAGAAAUAGUGCUUCAGGUUAAGAACUUGGCUUCAGGAUAAGAACAGAAAUCAGGCUCUGGCGGCACGGCAGCAGCAGGAGGCCCCAUUAGCUAAAGUGGUGCUUCAGGUUAAGAACAGUUUCAGGUUAAGUACGGACCUCCGGAACGAAUUAAGUACUUAACCCGAGGUACCACUGUAUUCAAACAGGGAGAGUAAAUCGAUAUUGGACAGCAUCUCUACAGAAUUCCCAAUCCUAUGUCGGCCUCUAAUUUGAGAUGGUAAAGGGUUAAGCACCCUCCCUCCAGCAGAUUCUCCCUUGCAAAGGAAUCCCUUCAUCUGAGUCAGUUGGCCUGCAUUUGCAAUUGCUGGGGUUUUUUUUUCUGGAGACUCCACUGUUUGUUUGUUUCCCUCCCCACAUGUGUCCUGCAAUAAAUCUGGAGCGUUAUAAAGCCUACCAUCAGGAUAACAAAAUACUCCAGGGGCAUUUGGCUGCAGGACGUGCGGGCUUGCACUCCUCUUGUCAAAUCCCGGCUGUAAAUCCGGCAACAAAAUGUUCUGAAAACCACCAGAAGGUCAGCCCCGCUGCCUUUUUCCCAGCAGGCAGGGCUGGAAGCGGAACGGACUGGUCUGUUGUAUGGGAGGGUUGGGAAUGGGCCAUUUUGCCUGUGGGGUGUGUGUGGCUAAUGGGUGGGAGUACAGAAUUACCUGGUGGUGUUCAGAGUGCAGAAUUAACCCGUUUGCCUUGUGUUCAGGGCAGGCAGGUCAUCCGCCCCCACAACCUUCUUUCCCCGCUUGCGCUUGUGCUAGGCGCUGGGGUUGCCUGGCUGGUUCGGAAGACCUCUUGCAAAGACUGCCCACAGGGCCGGUGUCUUCAUUGAGCUGUCCACUAUGACCCCAAGGUCUCGGCUACUUACUGGUCAGUCACCGCCAUUUCAAACCCCAGGAGCGUGCAUCACAUCACACUUGUUUUACAUUGAAUUCCAUUUGCCAUUUUACAGUGGUACCUCGGGUUAAGAACUUAAUUCAUUCUGGAGGUCCGUUCUUAACCUGAAACAGUUCUUAACCUGAAGCACCACUUUAGCUAAUGCUGCCGCUGUGCGAUUUCUGUUCUCAUCCUGAAGCAAAGUUCUUAACCCGAGGUACUAUUUCUGGGUUAGCGGAGUCUGUAACCUGAAGCGUCUGUAACCCGAGGUACCACUAUACUCAGUUUUGGAGAGGUCCUCUUUAGAGCGCUAGGGCAGGCAGUCUUCUUAUGUUUUAAACAACCCUCAACAGUCUAGUACAGUGGUACCUUGGUUUAUGAACUUAAUCCAUUCUGGAAGUCCGUUCUUAAAUCAAAGCGUUCUUAAACCAAGGUGUGCUUUCCCAAAGCAGCGGGGGACUCAGUGUAUAAAUGGAAUACACUCAACAGGAAGCGGAACAUGUUCUUAUUCCAAGGCAAAGUUCGCAGACCAAAACACCUACUUCUUCUGGGCUUGUAGCGUUCUUAAUCCAAGUUGUUCAUAAACUAAGCUGUUCUUAAACCAAGGUGUUGGCACUGCUCACCCCUAACUCUAGAACAGUGUUAGAAACUCAGACACGUAAUCUAGGUGCCAAAUGGCUCCUUGAACCAAAGUUACAAUCACCGAAGCAGAAUGUCUAGUUGUCUUUUUCAGGCAAGACGGCUCUAAAGUCUUAUUUUUCAAAUGAUGGACUGGCUGUGACUGAUUGUCAGUUAAGUUCAGAGGACAACCUUGAGCUAGGUUAAGAGCGUUGAGAACUUUAAAGAAGAAAAGUCACUUGAUCCCAGGAAAGUUGGCAUAUAUAUUGCUGUUCCUAUUCCUACCUCUUUUUCUUAAUGUUGACACGGACGAGGAAGGAGCAGGACUUUUUCUGCUCAAGGGUAUAGAGGUAUAUAAAAUUAGGCAUGGAGAAAGCAGAUUGAGAAAAGUGUUCACCUUCCAAUCUCUCAUAAUACUGGGAACCUAGGAUCAUCAAAUGAAUCUGGAUGGUGAGAGUUUCCGGACAGACAGAAAACAAAAGCUUCUGCACACAGCUCAUGAAAACUGCUACGACAAGUUAUAGCGACGGCCAUAAACUUUGACAGCUUUAAAAGAAAGCUCAAUAAAUUCAUGGAGGACGAGACAAUUGAUGUCUCCUAGCUAUGAUGUUAUACCUCCGGGUUCAGUACACCGUGUGCCCAGUGCUAUUUUUUCUAGAAAAGGAGGUGUUUGGAGCUCACCAUAAACUUAUUGUUGUUAUCCGCUUUGAGCCCGGCUUCGGCUGGGGAGGGCGGGAUAUAAAUAAUUUAUUAUUAUUAUUUAUUAUUAUUCUCUCUUGUUCUCUUAGAAUGGCAAUGGUGCUGGAGCUGAGCUCCGGUGAGCUCUGGCUGAAAAAAAAGCCCUGAGUAUGCCUUUGAAUGACCAUUGCUAGAAGCCACAAAUGGGCUUUUUGGUGAUGGCACCCUUGCAAACAGAAUGCUGGAUUAAACAGGCCUUUAGUUUGAGCCUUCUUACGUUCUUCUCUCACACCUGGCAUUUACUGUAUUUUUCGCUCUAUAGGACGCACUUUCCCCCCUCCAAAAAUGAAGGGGAAAUGUUUGUGCGUCCUAUGGAGCGAAUGCAGGCUCCUUGGCUUCAGCGCGCGCUCCGGAGGCUAUGCGUUGCUUUCGCUGAAGCCUGGAGAGCGAGAGGGGUCGGUGCGCACCAAUCCCUCUCGCUCUCCUGGCUUCAGGGAUAGCCGCCUGAAGACUUUGGAGCGCAGUGGGACCUCGCGCUGCGCUCCAAAGGCUUCAGGGUUAGCUGCACAAAGCCGCAGCAGGGUGAAGGCACUCGGCUGCCCUUCGGAGGCUACAAAGGCUGUCCCUGAAGCCAGAACAGCGAGACGGGGCGCUGCGCAGCCCUCCAUCUCGCUGUUCUAGCUUCGGGAUGGCUACAAAGGCUGUUCCCGAAGCCUCAAGCCUUUGGAGUGCAGCGGGAACUCGCACUGCGCUCCAAAGGCUUUGGCUCAGCGAAAGGAACCCAAAGCCUUUGGAGCGCAGCGUGAGGUUCCACUGCGCUCCAAAGGCUUCAGGGAUCUUUGAGGCUAGCGGUGGGGGAACACAGCACUUCCCCACACUGCCAGCCCCACAAGCUCGGGGGGCAGCAGCAAGGCUGCGCCCAGCCUUUGUGCUGUUCCCCGACCUGCUCUUGAACGCACCUUGUUUUAGAGGUGGAGAACAAGAAAAAAAAAAAUUCCCCCCUGUUCUCCCCCUCCUAUGGUCUGAUGCAUCCUAUGGUCCAGUGCGCCCUAUAGAGCGAAAAAUAAGGUAUAUAAUUUUUUUUGGGGGGGGGGUUGUCCUGUUUCAGUUUCUUAACCAUCCUUGGAAGAACCUAAUAAGGCAAUUCGGUAGUCUUUAUCUUCCAUAUUGGAGAUGUGAGGCUAAGGCAAUGGUGGCAAGCAGUUUGCCUUAUUGAAUUUGUGACUGAUGUGGGAUUUCAACCAGGGGCUUCCCAGCUCUUCGUCAGCUCAUUGGCUUGGGUCCCCGGACAGAAGAAAGAAAUCUCCUUGGCAAUUAACUCUGAACGUUUCCAGUGAGGGGAGCGGAGUUCAUCUUUCAAAGCGCCGAGAAGCCUUUAGUUGCUCUGCAUGGAAGCCCGAGUUCAUUUACAGAACCCUGGAACUGCAGAGUUGAAAGGGACCAUGAAUGUAAUCUUGUCUAAACCCCUGCAAUGCAGGAAUCUUUUGUCCAACGUGGGGUUCAAACCCAUGAACCUGAGAUUAAGAACUUCAUGCCCCAACGACUGAGCCAAUAGGAAACUGCCUAUUUAUUUAUUUAUACCCCGCCCAUCUGGCUGAGUUUCCCCAGCCACUCUGGGCGGCUCCCAAUCAAAUGUUAAAAACAGUACAGCAUUAAAUAUUAAAAACUUCCCUGAAGGGAGGGUGUUCCACAUGGCGGGUGCCACUACCGAGAAGGCCCUCUGUCUGGUUCCCUGUAACCUCACUUCUCGCAAUGAUGGAACCGCCCUCAUCGCCCUCAGCUCCGGGGGAAACCACUGGGGCUGUCCGGGCUCCAUGCAAUCGGAGAGGGUGCUUCGGAGCCAGACAGUCAAUAGCCCUGAUUAACUCUGCAUUCCAGCAUGCACCAGGGAAUCAGCUGAAAGGCCGUCAACUUGGAUAAAACAUGCCCUACCACUCUCUGGAAGCCAAUUGGAUCCAUUAAGUAGCGGGGGCAGACCAUCCGAAUCAGUCCCACCUCCCUGCAGAGGGGAAGGGUCGCGGAAAAGUCCAGUUGCACCAGGAAGUGAUCUUUAUACCAUUGGUCCAUCUAACUCAAUAUCGUCUACACAGAUUGGCAGCGGCUCUCCAGUUUCUAAGAUAGGAAUCUCCCAAUUUUACCCGGAGAUGCUGGCUGUGGCAUCCUGCAUAAAAAGCAAACUCUACCACUGAGCUAAGAUGUGUGGCUAGAUAGUGAACUCUGGUGGUGCCCCAUCCUCUGGUCGGAGGCUAGAGAGCAGUGUUAGAAAUUAGCCAGGCGCCAGGUGCGUUUUGCAACUGGCACGGGUUCCGAUUGUGACCAGUGGAUGCCAGGUGGGCGACUGACAUCUCCCAUCUGGCUUGCCUCUCCGGCUUUCUUAAGUAGAAAAGCUUGUUUAUUGCAUUUAUAUACUGCCUUUUUCUCUGAGGAGGACAUGGUUCACAUACCCCUCUUUAGUUAAUCCCUGCAACAACCCUGUGAGGUAGAUUAAGAGGUUGUGACUGACUCCGAGGUCACACAGUGAGCUUCAUGGCUGAGUGGGGAUUUGAACCCUGAUCUCCCAUGUCUUAGUCCAGUCCCCUAACCACUACACCACACUGGCUCCCUGCUGCUAUUCAUUUAUUCUGGAUUGGUUUAUUUGACGUUUUAAUGCAUAGUAAACCGCUUUGAGAUUCCCCCCCCCUUUUAAAAUAUAAAGCGUCAUAGAAACGAAAUGAAUAAUACAGUGGUACCUCAGGUUACAUACGCUUCAUGUUACAUACGCUUCAGGUUACAGACUCCACUAACCCAGAAAUAGUACUUCAGGUUAAGAACUUUGCUUCAGGAUGAGAACAGAAAUCGUGCUCCGGCGGCAGCGGCAGGAGGCCCCAUUAGCUAAAGUGGUGCUUCAGGUUAAGAACAGUUUCAGGUUAAGUACGGACCUCCAGAACGAAUUAAGUUCUUAACCUGAGGUACCACUGUAAUAGAAAUAAUACAUUUUACUGCAAAAAAAAGAGGCGCCUAGACAUUCCGUAACCCAGGUUUAAGGCGCCAUUUGUCGAUGAGCUAUAUCUGAGUUUCUAACACUGCUAGACAGUGGUGUGUGUGAGUGCAUGUAGAAAGCAGCUUACUGCACAAAGGUAAAAUUUGCAUCGCUUGCUCCGCCCAGUUUUGUUUCUGGCCCCACCCACCACUGGCAUGUGGCCCCAGAAAGAUUGCCUAGAAGGGGAUGUGGCCCUCGAGCUACAAAUGGUGCCCCAGUCCUUUCACAGAUGCUCUGAACACGGUCCUUUCGUGACCGGGAAGUUGACACCCAAAUAUCAGCUGCGCUGAAUAGCAUGGUAAGAGUUGGGUAGGUCUGGUGGUGUGAUGCAAAUGAGCCCAGGAGUUGUGAAGUAUUGCCAGGACAUUUCAUAGGUGUUCUAGAGAGCCAGGCCAGUGGAUGAGUCAUCCUGAACAAAUGGCAAGAGCUUACGUUUUACGUGCCAAUAUAAAUAAUUGCUUCCUAUUUCAUGAACCUCGAUGGCAUGCCAUUAAGACGCUGGCUGAAUUUUUCAGCUUGCAAGAGGUAAAAUAGCUCUUUUUCCAAGUGCAAAUAAUUCUUAUCAUCCUCCAUAAUAUAAAAUAUAGGGGAAAUGUAUAUGUCUACAAUGGGCCAUCAUUUUCUUCUGCACAAUCAGGGCUUCAAAAUUACGUACAGUGGUACCUCAGGUUAAGUACUUAAUUCGUUCUGGAGGUCUGUACUUAACCUGAAACUGUUCUUAACCUGAAGCACCACUUUAGCUAAUGGGGCCUUCUGCUGCCGUGCCGCUGGAGCACGAUUUCUGUUCUCACCCUGAAGCAAAGUUCUUAACCCGAAGCACUAUUUCUGGGUUAGCGGAGUCUAUAACCUGAAGCGUAUGUAACCUGAGGUACCACUGUACUUAUUGUAUUGCUUUAUGGCUGCAGUCGUACACAUGCUUACCUGGGACUUACUUCUGAGUAGACCUAUCUAGGCUUGCGGUGCUAGAGCAAAGACUUCGGCAUGCUUACUUAGAUAUAAGCUCCGCUGUGUUCGGUGGGGCUUGCUCCUUGGUAAGCAUGCAUAAGUUUGCAACUUACAUUGCUUAUAUCCUAACCAUCUUUAGCCAACAGAGCGAAUGGCGAGAGCAAAGGUGAGAUACAGAUUUAAUGGGUGGGGCGUUCACACUUUGCUCCUCAAUUUCCACUGUCUUGAAUCGUCUUUUAAGAUGAAGACACAUACCAAAGCAGACAUCGUCACGUAAUUUCAAUUUGCUUCAUCUAUGUAAAAGCAUUUUUAUACCACUUCAUAUUUCAAAAUAUCCAAAGCGGUUUACAACUACCCGGAGCUGUUGGGGAUUGAACCUGGGACCUUUUGCUUGCGGAACAAACGCUCUGCCGCUGGGCUGCGGCUGCCCACUCUCAAAGAGAAGGCUGUGCGCCCGCUUUUGACUGGCACUGUGGAACAGGAGCCUUGCAGCCGCUUAGGAUUGCAAGCAAAUGAAAAUGAGUUUUCCCUCUUGCACAAACCCUCCUUUUACAUGCAUGCCUUUUGAACUGCUAGACAUAAUUCCUGUUUUGUUUUUAAAAUUUUACUUUUUAAAGCAUGCAUCUGAUCAAAAACUGUCUCCGUGCGUGUGUAUAUAUUCUAUAUAUAUAAAUAUCUGGAAAUUAGUUGCAGUCCUCAGGCAGGUUGGCAAGUCGCCAGGGCAACCCUGUGCUUUGCAUUGACUUGAAAAUGUCCCUUUUUAAGUACUUGCAUAUAGAUGGGGGCCCCCUCCCUCCCCCCUUUCUUGCUGAUUUACUUUCCUAAUACAGACUUGAAUCCUUCUCUGUGUCUUCCAUUUGGCAGAUGUUCAAUUUAGAAAACUGGCAGCGGGCUCCAAGAUUAACAUUUUAUCUUUUUUUUAGUCGGUCUCUGCCUGCCUGCCUGCCUUCCUCUCCCUUCCAUGGGACCUGGGAUUUGCCUGUGAAGAGUGGUGUGGGAAAAUGCCCUUCGGGUGCCCCAGGGCAUCGCUGGAGCACAUCUGCUCCUUCUGAGCACCUGCUGAGGUCUUGAGAGGGGGGGAAAAACCAACCCCAAGCAGCUGGGUCUGGGAUCAGCCUCUAAUCCCAAGAGAGGAAGGCUGGAGACCACUCUCUCUGCUCAUUAACGUUAGGCACUUUUGCAAAUGCUUCCUUGGAAUGAAUGGCAGCUGGGAGUGUGGGAUUGGGAUUGGUUUUUUAUAUACUGCUUGACUGCAGAAAAACAACAACAACCUCAGGGCGGAUUUACCCCCCCCCCCAAAAAGAUGAAACAAUAAACUUUUUGCUAAAACAGUCACAACCAUACAGUGGUACCUUGGUUCUCAAACGCCUUGGUACUCAAACAACUUUACCCAAACACUGCAAACCCAGAAGUAAGCGUUCCGGUUUGCGAACUUUUUUUGGAAGUCGAACGUGCUCUGUUUUGAGUGUUGCGCUUCUGAUUUGAGCGCCACGCUUCGGUUUUGAGUGUUAACACUGUGGUCUGUCUGUUUUUGCUAUUUAUUUUGCGUUUUGGUUUCUGUGGCUUUUUUUGUUUUGUUUUUGUGACUGUGUGGAACCCAGUUCAGCUACUGAUUGAUAGAUUGUGUGACUGCAGUACAUUGUUUAUUGCUUUCAUUUUAUGCAUCUGUGGUCUCAUUAGAUAGUAAAAUUCAUGUUAAACGGCUGUUUUAGGGGUUGUUUUUAAAAGCCUGGAAUGGAUUCAUCCAUUUUGUAUUACAAUGGACCCUCCAGUUAUGUACCACUCUGGAUCCAUAACUUUUGGGUUAUGAAAGCAGCAAACCCGGAAGUGUAUACUUCCGGGUUUCGCUGCAUGUGCAGAAGUGCUCUGCGCCCAUGUGCAAAAGUGCUCAGUCGUGGCACAUGUGUGUGCAGAAGCAGCGCCUCUGCCUAUAGACUUUUUGGGUUGUGGACAGACCCCCAGAAAGAAUUUAAUUCGUAUCCAGAGGGUCCACUGUACUUUCUAUGGGAAAGUGCGCCUUGGUUUGGGAACACUUUAGUUUUGGAAUGGACUUCCGGAACAGAUUAAGUUUGAGAACCAAGCUACCACUGUAAUUCGAAGCUUAAAACUGCAAAAUAAUAGACUAAAACAAAUCAAAAGGGGAGGGGAGGACUAGUGGGUUGUUCUCGUUUUAUUUUUAUUAUGUAUUCUGUGUUUAUAUAUUGGGAUUUUAUGUUGUAGGCGCCCCGAGACCAGCGGUACACAAAUUUAAAUGACAACAACAAAAAAUCAAAGCUCCUACAAACUUUCUGAGCAUCUGGGCAGGCAUGUCUAAAUAUGAACUGCUUCAGCAAUGGCCGAAAAGAAAGCAACGAAGGUUCCUGCCUGCUGUCAAUUGGCAGGGAGUUCCAAAGUUGCCACACAAAACAAUCGAGUUCUUACAGAUGUGCAGGUAGUAUGCGGAACCGCUGGCCUAAGGAGUCGACUGGGCAUGCAUGGUGCAAAGCGAUCUCACGGGUUACAUUUUAAAACAUAACAAGGCUGUGUAUGUAAAACAUAACACGGCUGGUUAUAAGGCCGUGUUCUGUGUUCUUAGACUCCCACUGUAGUGGUUUGGGAAAGAAGUGUCCUCCUCUCUUGCAAUUUUACUUUUGCCCAUGGAAGUAAAAAGCUAUCUCUACUCUUUUACCUCAGUUGCUCAGCAGGAAUAGAUUUGUUCCCAGCCUCUUGGAUUCUCACGGAUGAAUGGAAAGUUACUGGGAUGACGGUCCUUUGCACUGGUGUUUGUUUGUCCCUUAUUUCUCCCUGAUUUUAUUACAGAGUAAGUUAAUUUUAUCUUGUUUAUUUAAUAACUCUGUUUUUUGCAACAACGUUUUCUUCUUGUUGUUUUUUUGCGUCAGCAUAAUUCCACUGCCCCUCCCAGUGUGUCCUGAAGUCCUCCCCGCCCAAGAGAGAUGUUGCCCACAGACCUCUCUCUCUUCCUGUGUAAUGAAUGAAGCAUGUGUUGGGUUGCGUGCGUGUUUAAAUAGUAAAGGACCAAAUUGGCUCGGUUCCCCGUUAACAUUUAACUUGUGCUCUGAGGCUUUCCAUCUGCCGCAGGAAUUUCUGAAAUCGCUAUGUUUCUCCUGCCUGAUCCCUGGUUGCCCCAAUGGUGGUUGUAUGUCACGGGCUGGUUUGACGCAGAGGAAUGGUGGAAGGAACCAGCUGGGGAACCCCUAAGAGAGGAAGGCUCAGAAUCUGGGCAGUGGUAGUAUGACGACCAUGAGUGGUCAGAGGGAGAAGAGGAGGUGUCAGAAGCUAAAGAGGCAACAGGGCUUGGUGAGCAGGGAGAGUCUGUGGCAGAGAGCAGUCCAGAAGCUGAAGCUGAAGCAAGGGAGAUGAGUCAGGUUGGUGAAUAAUAAUAAUAAUAAUAAUAAAAUUUAUUUAUACCCUGCCCUCCCCAGCCAAGACCGGGCUCAGGGCAGCUAACAAGCAAUAAUAAAAACAAGUUUGAAUGAAUACAACUGGAAAACAAGAUUAAAACACAACAUUAAAACAUUGAAACAUUAAACUCAGCCUCAUCACAGGAGGAGAAAGGAAACAAGAAAGAGGGGGAGGGAAUCAAAUUGACUCCCAAGUCAAAGGCCAGGUGGAACAACUCUGUCUUACAGGCCCUGCGGAAAGAAAUCAGAUCCUUCAGGGCCCUGGUCUCAUGAGGCAGAGUGUUCCACCAGGCCAGAGCCAGUGUUGAAAAAGCCCUGGCUCUGGUUGAGAAGAAGAACAGGGGUCUCCCGCUCCUGCUGUGACCAGCUCCCCUCCUGCCUGGUCUGCCAGGACCAGGAGAGGCAUGAAGAGGGAGGAGGUAAGGCAGGCAAUGCCAGCAUAGUCUCAGAUUGCUUGGGGGAAACCCAGGAGAGGAGUCGCCUUAGGCAGCUGUGGGAAGGCUCUUCAGACUCUGCAACUGCCUCAUAGGGGCAGAUCUAUUGAAGAGGAGUUGCUGUGCACUUUAGACCUGGCAGACCUGAGCACAUCCUGUUUCUUCUAAUAAAGAAGUGGUGGCUUGCUUCUGACACCCCAUUCAUUUCAACGCAGCUUGCACAGGAGAAAUCCCUGCUAGACCGUGCCCUAAGAGGUUGACUCUGCACAUCCCACCAGCUGCAUUGACGCCUUGUCCCUUCCAAGGACACAGUUCUGGAUUUUGACCUUUAAAGUCCUAAACAGCUUGAGACCCACCCUGGUACCUUCAGGACUGCUUUCUCCCCGGUGAGCUUUCCGAGAUGAUUCUUAGAAGCCCUUCCCUGGGUUGUCCGGCUUCAGGAAGGGGCUGUGAGCCUGGGGAUUGGUGGUGGGACAACAAUGAGUGGUCAGAGGGAGAAGACUGAGAGGGGGUGGUGUUGGAAGCUGAAGAGGUCAUAGGGCUUAGUCAGCUGGGAGAGUCUGCAGAAGAGAGAAGUCCAGAAUCAGAGGCAGAAGCUGGAGCAGGAGAGGACGGAGGCCAAGAGGCAGAGAUGGGUCAGUCUGGCAAAGAGGUGCAGGGGUGGGUCUCCCUCCUGCUGUGAUAAGCUCCUCUCCCUCCUGGUCUCCCAGAACCAGGAGAGGCAUGAAAAGGGCAUAGGAGAGGUUGAAUCAUAGAAUCAUAGAGUUGGAAGAGACCACAAGGGCCAUCGAGUCCAACCCCCUGCCAAGCAGGAAACACCAUCAGAGCACUCCUGACAUAUGGUUGUCAAGCCUCUGCUUAAAGACCUCCAAAGAAGGAGACUCCACCACACUCCUUGGCAGCAAAUUCCACUGUUGAACAGCUCUCACUGUCAGGAAGUUCUUCCUAAUGUUUAGGUGGAAUCUGCUUUCUUGUAGUUUGGAUCCAUUGCUCCGUGUCUGCUUCUCUGGAGCAGCAGAAAACAACCUUUCUCCCUCCUCUAUGUGACAUCCUUUUAUAUAUUUGAACAUGGCUAUCAUAUCACCCCUUAACCUCCUCUUCUCCAGGCUAAACAUGCCCAGCUCCCUUAGCCGUUCCUCAUAAGGCAUCGUUUCCAGGCCUUUGACCAUUUUGCUUGCCCUCCUCUGGACACGUUCCAGUUUGUCAGUGUCCUUCUUGAACUGUGGUGCCCAGAACUGGACACAGUACUCCAGGUGAGGUCUGACCAGAGCAGAAUACAGUGGCACUAUUGAAUGAAGGUUGGCUGCAUGCAGGUGCAGUUGCCGGUUGUUCAGAAAAAAGCCCCAGAGACAGCGUUCGAAAUUCGCAAGGUGUAUUUUGCACCUGGCUAUCAGCCGCUUGCGACCAAGCGAAGAUGCCCAGGUGCCAGGAUGGCGCUUGGCGUCUCCACCAUCUGGAGGUGCGUGCCUGGGGAUCCUUGGAUCUUGACUGUUUUCACAUACAGUGGUACAUCGGGUUAAGAACUUAAUUCGUUCUGGAAGUCCGUUCUUAACCUUAAACUGUUCUUAACCUGAAGCACCACUUUAGCUAAUGGGGCCUCCUGCUGCCGCUGCGCGAUUUCUGUUCUCAUCCUGAAGCCAAGUUCUUAACCCGAGGUACUAUUUCUGGGUUAGCGGAGUCUGUAACCUGAAGCGUAUGUAACCUGAAGCGUAUGUGACCCGAGGUACCACUGUAAAAAAGCAAGGCAGAUUGUCAUAAAAGCCGCUAGCCAUUCGAAAAAGCGAUAGGUAAACAGCUGCAAAGGCCUGUUGGCAUAAAACGAUCUUUAAGAGAUUCCCAAGAGUCAGAAAAGCUUGUUUGUGACAUUUACACAUUACGUGCGUGCGUACUUAAAAAUAUAUUUUACAGUGUAAUGUAAAUGAAGCAGUUCUGAGUAUUUAUUAGAUGGGCAGCUAUCUCCUUUUGCAAGAUGUGUGCAGGCAAGAAGCUAGAUGUUUUGCAUCAUCACAGGAACUGACCCAAGGUGGGGAGUGGUGAUAUGACAUAGGGAACUACCCUCCCUCCCUCAGUGAGUCACCUCAUGUCUUGCUUCUGCUUGCGAGUGACUUCCUGUUUCUCUGCCCUUCUGUAUAAAAGCGAAAACGCCAGAUUGCCCCUGCCUUGGAAAAAUGGCAAGAGCAGAGCGGCAGAGGCCUUGAAAAUAUGGGGAGGCCCCGCAGAAGCCUCAAGAAGGUCGCUAGGAAGGAAGGCAUGGACUACCUCUGUUCACAGGAAGCCGAGGUGAGGGGCAGAACUUAGGUGCACAGGUGAGGCCACCGGUGGCUGAGGUUUAAGGGUGGUGUAGCAGUUAGAGCGAUGGACUGGGUUCAAAUCCUUAACAGAGCCACGAAGCUCACUGGGUGGCCUUGAGCCAGUUGUUCAGCCUCGGCCCAGUCCUACUUCUAAUAAUAAUAAUAAUAAUAAUAAUAAUAAUAAUAAUUCAUUAUUUAUACCCCGCCCAUCUGGCUGGGUUUCCCCAGCCAUUCUGGGCAGCUUCCAACAAAACACUAAAAUACAAUAACCUAUUACACAUUAAAAGCUUCCCUAAACAGGGCUGCCUUCAGAUGUCUUCUAAAAGUUUGGUAGUUAUUUUUCUCUUUGACAUCUGGUGGGAGGGCAUUCCACAGGGCCGGUGCCACUACCGAGAAGGCCCUCUUCCUGGUUCCUUGUAACUUGGCUUCUCGCAGCGAAGGAACCACCAGAAGGCCCUCGAUGCUGGAUCUCAGUGUCCGGGCUGGAUGAUGGGGGUGGAGACGCUCCUUCAGGUAUCCUGGACCUCAAAGGGUUGUCGUGAGGACGAAACGAGGAGUAGGAGAGGAACUGCAUACACCACCUUAAGCUCCUUGCAAGAAAGGCGUGGGGUAUAAAAUGCAGCAAUAAAACAAAUAAUUCCUGGUGAGCUGUUGCCGGGUCAGUGUAGACAACACUGAAUUAAAGGUCCCCUUCCAGCGCUACAAUUCUAAGAUUCUGUGACCCACAAAUUCCCGACUCCCGCUGCGUUGGCUGGAAGAGGAGAAGGCAAGGCUGCCUUAGAUCAUUCGACAGAUACAUUUGCAAACCACAAUGGAGGCGUCAGGGAGUUUUUGGCUCUUUUCUGGUUUCAUUUGUGGUGUUCUGUCAACUCCAAAAAGAACCAGUCUGGUCAAAUAAUAAUAAUAAAAAAAGCCCAAAACUAGCCCAGGUUCCUUUUAUGCUGCGAAACAAAACAGCGGGGUGGGAAGUUCCCUUAUUUCCCUUUGUUUCCAACCGAAGUCACGCCAUGGAAUGAACCAAAGGGAAUCCUCUUCCCUGUUUCAUCAUCAGGGAAACUUAAUCAUUACUUUCUGUGUUUGCAGUUUUAGAGUGCUACUCUCUUUUUUUAAAAAAGUCAGUUUUAUUAAAUUUUCCACUUUAACAAUCCAAUCCAAUCACAUUAAAUAUUCCACAUUAUACAUAUGUUGUUGUUGUUUAGUCGUGUCCACCUCUUCGUGACCCCAUGGACCAGAGCACACCAGGCACUCCUGUCUUCCACUGCCUCCCGCAGUUUGGUCAAACUCAUGCUGGUAGCUUCAAGAACACUAUCCAACCAUCUCGUCCUCUGUCGUCCCCUUCUCCUUGUGCCCUCCAUUUUUCCCAAUAUCAGGGUCUUUUCCAGGGAGUCUUCUCUUCUCAUGAGGUGGCCAAAGUCUUGGAGCCUCAGCUUCAGGAUCUGUCCUUCCAGUGAGCACUCAGGGCUGAUUUCCUUCAGAAUGGAUCACUUUGAUCUUCUUGCAGUCCAUGGGACUCUCAAGAGUCUCCUCCAGCACCAUCAUUCAAAAGCAUCAAUUCUUCGGCGAUCAGCCUUCUUUAUGGUCUGGCUCUCACUUCCAUACAUCACUACUGGGAAAACCAUAGCUUUUACUAUACGGACCUUUACAUAUCAAAUAAUCCGAAUAUUCUGCCAAAUUAUAAAUUUUUAAUAGGACUUCCCAUGCUUCAAGUUCGGAACUGGAGUGCUACUCUCAAGUGUCCUCUUGAGCAACCAGGCUCCCCAACUUGCAACGUACUGGGUCAGCUGCUUAGAAAAGCAGCUUUGUGGGGAGCAAACUGACCCCCCUCCCCCCAAAAGCUCAAUAUGCUAAGAGGAAGUUUCAAUCUGAACACAGCUGGAUAGUAGACUCCCUGCUUAGAAACCAGUCCAUCUCUGCAUAUGUCUGUUUGGAACAUGUGGAAUGGGGUGGGGUUAGGGCAGCCCCAGCCGGCCCACGGCCUGCUUGCAGAUGUCCAGGAUCUUGUUUGCCAAAAAGCCUACAGUGCAAUUCUGCCUUGCAAAAAUGGGUCAUCCUAGUGCAAUCCCCUCGCGAUGCAGGAAUCUCAGCUAAAGCAUCCAGGACAGAUGGCCAUCCAACUUCUGCUUAAAAACCUCCAAGGAAGGAGUCCACAACCUCCAGAGGGAGACCGUUCCACCUUCAAAACAGCUCUCACUGUCAGAAAGCUCCUCCUGAUGUUUAGUCAAAAUCUCCUUUCAAUUCAAUUCAAGUCCCACCUUCCAGAGCUGGAGAAAACAAGCUUGUUCCUUGUUUGAGUGUGGUGGCACCAUAUUUUGGGACUGCCUGUGUUAUCCACACCAGGCAGGCUCCUUCCCUCCUCUUAAAACGUCGAGAGAAGUUGGGUUUGUUUUAUUUCUUUUCAGCUACAGUAGAUUUGUAUUAUCUCUUGGAUCAUUUGGUAAUUUUUAAAAAAUCAGUAGUUUAAAUGCUUUGCGUUUGCGCACGCGUAAACCGCUUGGAUGCAGGGGUCAGCAAACUUUUUCAGCAGGGGGCCGGUCCACUGUCCCUCAGACCUUGUGGGGGGCCGGACUAUAUUUUGAAAAAAUAUAUGAGCGAAUUCCUAUGCCCCACAAAUAACCCAGAGAUGCAUUUUAAAUAAAAGUACACAUUCUGCUCAUGUAAAAACACCAGGCAGGCCCCACGAAUAACCCAGAGAUGCAUUUUAAAUAAAAGGACACAAUUCUACUCAGGUAAAAACAUGCUGAUUCCCAAACUGUCUGCAGGCCGUAUUUAGAAGGCGAUUGGGCUGGAUCCGGCCCCCGGGCCUUAGUUUCCGUACCCACGGCUUAGAGGUUUUCUCGCAAUCAAGAAAAUGCAGUUUUUUAAAAGUGUAAUAAAUCUAGUCCCACAUCCCUUUCUCAGGGGACCCACCAGAUGACACUGGGUAGCCCACAAGCAAGAUUUAGCACUCUCUUCUAUUUGUGAUCCACAGAAAUUGGUCCUCAGAGCUUAAAGGCACAUGUUUAAUUAUAUGCAAUUUGGCCUUUGUGCAAAUCAGUUCUCAGGGUUUUUGGCUUAUGAAGUUGCUGGACUGUUAAGAUCUUCUGCAGACGCAUAUCUUAAAAGUCCCUUGCUGCAGUCGCUUAGGGCAGGGAUGGGGAGCCUUUGUCCUCCAGAUGUUGCUAAAACUGAACUCCCAUCAACCCAAGCCGCCCUUGCAAGUGGUCAGCAACAUCUGGAAGACCACACCCUGACCUAUGGCCAUUUUAAAAAGUCUUGUCUCUACAAGAUUAAUUUGGUGUAUAAAGAUUUCUCUCAACGAACUUUGUGGAGAUUGAAAGUUUUGUCUGGCAAUGUUGUUGUUGUUGUUGUUGUUAUUAUUGUUGUGCUAGAAUUGUCGAGCCCAAUUCAAAAUGUUGGUGCUGACCAUUCAAGCUGCGGUCCAGUAUACCUGAAGGAGCGUCUCCACCCCCCUCAUUUAGCCCAGACACUGAGGUCCAGCUCCAAGGGCCUUCUGGCAGUUCCCUCCCUGCAAGAAGUGAGGUUACAGGGAACCAGAGGGCCUUCUCGGUGGUGGCGCCCGCCCUGUGGAAUGCCCUCCCAUCAGAUGUCAAAGAAAUAAACAACCAUUUGACAUUUAGAAGACACCUGAAGGCAGCUCUGUUUAGGGAAGUUUUUAAUGACCGAUGUUUUAAUAUAUUUUUAAUCUUUGGUUGGAAGCCGCCCAGAGUGGCUGGCGGAGUAGAAAUAAUAAAUUAUUAUUACAGUGGUAUCUCGGGUUAAGAACUUAAUUCGUUCUGGAGGUCCGUUCUUAACCUGAAACUGUUCUUAAUCUGAAGCACCACUUUAGCUAAUGGGGCCUCCCACUGCCGCCCGGCGAUUUCUCUUCUCAUCCUGAAGCAAAGUUCUUAACCCGAGGUACUAUUUCUGGGUUAGCGGAGUCUCUAACCUGAAGCGUCUGUAACCUGAAGCGUCUGUAACCCGAGGUACCACUGUACUAUUAUUAUUAGUUUGUUUCCAGUGCCGACUUUCAUCAUUUUGUGCUUGCCUGAAAGCAGGCAGAGAGAACGCCGUUUAGAUCCUACAGGUGCACCCGGGCUGUUUGUGAAUCUCACAAUUGCAAGCUUUGUCAGCAGCUUGACCAAAGAGCUGGCCAACUUCCUAGCGUCCGAUUUCGCAACCUGGCAGAAGCUUUUCCAAGCUGAACAUGAUUUCCCACGGACCUUGGCCUGCAGCCACGGGUUCCUUUUAACCAGAGUAUAUUUAUUGCAUUGGGGGGAGGGAGGCAGGGAGUGCAUGUGGUGAGCAACUGCUGGGGGGCAUGGAUGGGGGUCCGGCGAGGGGCAAGCAGCCGACCUGGAUGGCCUUCUUGUCAUGGAUGCUUUAGUUGAGAUUCCUGCAUUGCACGGGGUUGGACUAGAUGACCCCUGGGGUCCCUUCCAACCAGGGUGGAUAAAAAUCAAAUAUUAAGAUUUUUUAAAUUUCAAAUUGGAUUUUUAAAAUAAAAUGCUUUUGUAGGAAAAACCUUUUUGAUGAUACUUUUCUAUUUAAGUUACAUUAUAGUCCAAAGGCUAUUCAUCAGGAAAUAAGGAUUUUUCAUGUGAGCUAAAACUCAGUCUAAGUAACCACAUCACUUAACAAACAUGGAUACAUAUACUAUAGCGUUACUGUUUUAGUUAAAUAAAUGGUUUAAAUUGUUAUUAAGGAAAUGAUUCUUUUUCUCCUUCCAAUAAAGUACAGCAGAAAAGUUGUCCAAAUAUAAACAGUUAACUUAUUAAACCUCACAAUAAUUUCAUAAUUGUCUUGUCUAUGUAUUUCUAAUAGUAUAACCAAAUCAGUAAUUUUUGAUUUAACUGUAAAAACUACUCUGAACAUUUAUUAUUCCAAAAAUGAAACCUUCCCCUGGUUGUAAAUAUUAAGAUUAUACCAGCAAGAACGAGUCUGUAAAAAAAAUAUGAUUUAAAUCAAGUCUUACUGACUAGUGAUUUCAAUCAUGAUUUGAAUCGAUUUGAUUUAAAUCAAAUCCACUCUGCAGUUCCAUGAUUCCAUGACUGCUGAGUUGCUGUUGCUUAUAGAGAAGGAAAGGGAUGAGGCAUUGGGGAGGUCAGUGCAGUGCAGACACACUGGCAGAGCUAUUGCAGGACUCCUGCUGACGUGUUUGCGCUGCGCCCAGCUCCCCCCAACCCUCUGCGUCCCAGCAAGCAGCAGUGACUUGGCUGCUGGGAGGUCAGGUGAGCGCCACCACCUGGAGUCUGGGGGCCAGCUUUAAGCUGACUUCCUGAACAGACCCAAAUGGUUUUAUACAACUUAAAUUAGCGAUCGGGAGCCAGUGCCCUCUCCGUUGUGGCUGGACUGCAGUUCCCAUCAUCCCCGGAAAAGGGCCACAGGGCACAAUGGGUCAGUACGUCUGGCUGUUAACCAGAAGGCCGGUGGUUCGAACCCAACCAAGGGAUGACAAUGGACAGGGUUCCAGCCUUCCAGGGGGUUGGACUAGAUGACCCUUGGUGUCCCUUCCAACUUUCCAAUUCUGUGAUAUUUAAGUUCUCCAGCCCUGUUGGAAGACCUAAGGACACAGACUUGUUGAAAAACUCUGCUAAGGUGUUUUUAAGCCAGAAAGUAUAUCUGUCCAAAGUUCACUUAGUUUGGGGAAUGAUGGAGAUAUGUGGAAAAACAGGAAUCCUGUAUCAGUGUCUCCCACCCCCUUCCGUUACUAUAAAGGAAUGUCCAGGGGUGAUGGAUGUAAAAGUCCUAUUUCAGAUGGAGCAAGUGUACAGUAAGGCUGGUGCAAUGUUGAGAAACUCCAGGGCUCGCAAAGUGGAAUCGGAAACCGUGGCUUGAAGUGGGUGUGCAAACCAUGGUUUGCGCUACAGAUGGUUUGUUGUGAUGCCUGAAUAGAGAAAAACCACAGUUCACUGUUGCCGUUUCCUCUCUAGACGCCGGAACAUAGUGGAGGAGACAGGAGCAGGUGCAGAAAGUGUGGCGAGAACGUAGAAACUACCGAUGAAACUACACCUGAAAGCAGACACACACCUUCAAAACUUGAUUUGCCAGUUGUCGAUUUGGAAGGUUGCGCUGCUUUUUGGCACAGGGACUGAGCUGAGCCUCUUUCUAAGUCAGGGGCAAAGUCCCUCUUUGCAUGUAGGGAUUUAAGAGCAGAAACUCCGUUCAGCUGGAGCAAGCUGGUCUCAAAACGCUGGAAAAACAAGCUUCCUCCUUUGAACAGUUUUGCUGCUCUUCUAGAAUCCUGCUUUUUUGGCCAGACCUGAAGCUCAACUCUCUCAUCUCAUGGAAUAUUCCACAUGCUGACAUUCGAGGCUGCGUUCCAGCUGGCUGCUCUUAGCAAUUUCAGAUUGGAAAGGGGGGGUGGCAUUUUCAGGGAGGUGUGCCCGGGCUCUUAAAUGCACAGAAAAAGUUUCCGUGCCAAAGCAGUAUAGCGUAGCACUUGUUGCUGACCAGUCUGCAGGUACGAGGCAGAAUCCAAAUCUGGGCACGGCAGAUUGUGUACUUAGGUGUCAUAAUUUCAGUCGACUGACUUCCACACUUUAUGUCGGGACUUUCCACUGACAAAUGAAGAAAAGCAGAGGUGAAAACAAGGCUUGGCCUUCCUUUGGACCCGUGUGCAUCAAUUUAGAGCUUGCAGGACCCAGAGUCUUGCCGGCCUGGGCUUCCCCAUUCAUUUCAAUGGAAGAUCCAGCACUGCCCAGGUAUCCUCUUGCGUUUACUGAAUGGUCACAUCCUCUGGAUUCCUCCCCCCCACUUUACUGUGUUUGCUAGCUGUUUUUCUACUUAAAAGCACCUCAACUGACAUGCAGUUAACAAUGAAUGAAAUGUAAAUGGUGCAUCAUUUUUUAGAAACACUAUUUUAAAACACAAAAGGAAAAAAACCCCCACCGAAACCUUGGGAAGAGCCAUAGAUAGCUCAGUGAUAGAGCGCCUGAAUUGCAUGCAGAAAUUUGCAGUGCAUUGCAUGUGAGCCAGAAACCAGAGCUUUUGUAAUAAGUUUGGCUACUUAUUGGGGUGCCCAAACUACGUGCCCAUUGCAUCUCUUAAAAGAAUUCAAGGUUUUGCAGACAGCUUACCCAAAGAUGUGUCUUCUUCCUAUUUGAUGACUUCAGUUGGCUGUUCAAUACAUGCUUAUGCAACCAGACCUUCUGUUUUUAGUUCCAGAAUUUGGCGUUGAUGGUUUUACAUUGCCUGGCUCACCUGUUGGCAUUUCGCGAUAGAUUUGAUUGAUAUUCUGACUUGCCUUUUGUUUCUGUAUUUGCCUGUACGCCGCUUUGUAAAAUAAAAGGAGGUAUAAAAUGCACAAGUAAACUAUUUGCAGAUGCAGCUCUCAAUAGUUCAAAUAUUGUUAAAACUGUUGGGUGUCAGAAACCUUUGCCGGCUAGCUGCAAGUCAUCCAGAAAUCUACCAGUAGGACCAGAUCAAUGAUUUUGGCCCACCAGUAACUUUCUGCUAUGUUCUUUUUCUUCGCAGGUAGCUGUAUCCAGUUGGGUGGCCGGCAGUCCCUCGGGGUACCAUGAAGUUUUCGGGACCCCUGGAGAGCCAGAGGUUGAGUCUCCUUCUGGAGACGGCAAUCUCUAGGGAAGCUCAGAUAUGGAAAGUGCACCUGCGCAGAAUUCAGCCCAGUCAGGUAAAGUUGAGUGGGUUGAUUUGUCGGUUAAGCGCAGGGUUUUCCAAACCGAUUGAGUUCACUGACCCCCUUCAUGAGCUUGCAAAGUUGUCCUCAACCCCAGUGCAAAUUCACAGGCAUUGGAAGUGAAAUGAAGCCAAGAAAUACCUAUAUAUAAGCAACACUUCUUAAUCAUCGAUCACCAUUACUAGAAAUCCUAAAAUGUGAAAAAUAUGGACUGUCGUUGUACCUUGCUGGGAGGGGAGGUGCAUUCUGUUUUUCUGAGGCUCAUAGUUCCUUAUUAAUUUGUUCACACUACACCUGAAGGAGCGUCUCCACCCCCAUCGCUCAGCCCUGACACUUGAGGUCCACCUCCGAGGGUCUUCUGGUGGUUCCCUCCCUGCGAGAAGUGAGGUUACAGGGAACCAGGCAGAGGGCCUUCUCGGUAGUGGGGCCCGCCCUGUGGAACGCCCUCCCAUCAGAUGUAACGGAAAUAAACAACUAUCUGACUUUUAGAAGACAUCUGAAGGCAGCCCUGUUUAGGGAAGUUUUUAAUGUUUGAUGUUUUAUUAUAUUUUUAAUACAGUCAUGCCUUGGAAGCCAAAUGGAACACGUUCUGGAAGUCCAUUUGACUUCCAAAAUGUUCGACUUCCAAGGUGCGCCUUCUGAUUGGCUGCAGGAGCUUACAAAAGAACGUUCACAAACUGGAACACUCACUUCCAGGUUUGCGGCCAAACUCCAGGUUCGGGAGCCAAAACGUUUGACUGCUAAGGUGUUCGUUAACCAAGGUACGACUGUAUUUUGUUGGAAGCCGCCCAGAGUGGCUGGGGAAACCCAGCCAGAUGGGUGGGGUAGGUGGGGUAUAAAUAAAUAUUAUUAAUAUUCACACUAUACAUAGGAAGCAUUUUCCCCACCCCAAGCCCUUUUUGAUCCUAGCCUUUAUUCACCCCAUAUAAGGGGGGAGAGGGUCAAUAUUAACUACUUUGGGAAACCCUGAUAUCAGGAAUCUUCAGGAACCACCCCACAUUUUCAAGAGACUGGGGAUGGCCUUUAACUUUGCUUCUUUUCAAGUAGCUCCACCCAUUCAAUCAAGAGAUCCAUUUAUUUAUAUUGAGGUGGGACUGUGACGUUUAAUUCAUCUGCAUGAGUAAUGCUUUGUUUGGGGAGAGGAUGCACAGCACAAAGAACAGGCUGUGCUGUGCGGCUACAGUUGUUAAAACAUUCCUGCAAGGAGCACACAUGUGGAACAGCCUAAUUGAUGUUGACUCCCAUAUUUAUUGGAUUACUAAAAUUCACACUUAAGGAGUUGACCGCUGCUGGGCAACACUUUUGGGAAAUGCCUUAUGCUCGAUUUCUGUGGCUGCCUAAAGGCUCCUGGUAUUUUGCAGGACAGAUUAAAGCACAUAGCUGGAAUUUAGGUUUGUGCAAUUAAAGUGGAUUAGGGCGAUCUGGUGCCCUACCGCAAUGAAUCCACUUUCUACCCUGAUACGAGAGUCCACGAAAAUGUCUUGGGAGGACAUGGCUUGCCAAAGGCUCCGUUGACUUAGUAAGAUUUGCCCAAAGGCUCAGGAGACACCUGCAACAUACAUUUAAAAUACUCGUCUACUGCUCCAAACAGUCAUGGUUUCACCCCAAGAAUGCUGGGAACUGUAGUUUGUUCAGGCUGCUUGGGAGUUCUUAGGAUACCUCUAUUCCUCCCCUGAGCUGCAGUUCCCAGAGUUCUCUGUGAGGAGAUCUGGGGUCUCAGCACCCCCAGCAAACUACAGUUCCCAGGAUAUAUAUUUUUUUUGCGGAAAGUCAUGACGGUUCAAUGUAUUUUUAAAUGCAUAGUGCAGAAGGGGCCAAAAUUUGAUGAGAGCAUCUGGAGGAAGACUUAGGACGAGGCACAAUAAGGUGUUGUUGGCAACAGCUGGAUCUGUUCAUUGCUUUAGGCCUUGUGGAGAAGGGCAUCAUGAUACAGUGGUGCCCCGCAAGACGAAUGCCUUGCAAGACGGAAAACCCGCUAGACGAAAGGGUUUUCCGUUUUUGAGUUGCUUCGCGGACGAAUUUCCCUAUGGGCUUGCUUCGCAAGAUGAAAAUGUCUUGCGAGUCUUGAGAUUUUUUUUCGCUCCCCCCCCUUUUUCUAAGCCGCUAAGCCUUUAAUAGCCUUUUAGCAGCUAAUCCGCUAAGCCAAUAAGCCUUUGAUAGCCGCUAAACCGCUAAUAGCGCUAAGCCGCUAAUAGGGUUGCUUCGCAAGACGAAAAAACCGCUAGACGAAGACACUCGAGGAACGGAUUAAUUUCGUCUUGCGAGGCACCACUGUAGAUGGUUGUUGUUUAGUCGUGUUCGCCUCUUCGUGACCCCAUGGACCAGAGCACGCCAGGCACUCCUGUCUUCCACUGCCUCCCGCAGUUUGGUCAAACUCAUGUUUGUAGCUUCGAGAACACUGUCCAACCAUCUCGUCCUCUGUCGUCCCCUUCUCCUUGUGCCUUCCAUCUUUCCCAACAUCACGGUCUUUUCCAGGGAGUCAUCUCUUCUCAUGAGGUGGCCAAAGUAUUGGAGCCUCAGCUUCAGGAUCUGUCCUUCCAGUGAGCGCUCAGGGCUGAUUUCCUUCAGAAUGGAUAGGUUUGAUUUUCUUGCAGUCCAUGGGACUCUCAAGAGUCUCCUCCAGCACCGUAAUUUAAAAGCAUCCAUUCUUCAGUGAUCAGCCUUCUUCAUGGUCCAGCUCUCACUUCCAUACAUCACUACUGGGAAAACCAUAGCUUUAACUAUACGGACCUUUGUUGGCAAGGUGAUGUCUCUGCUUUUUAAGAUGCCAUGAUAUAUUAUUCACUAUAUUAAAUCUGUGGUGUGGCUGUGGCCUUGCAUAGCUCAGUCCCAUAACCACUGCAUUGUAUAAGCUGUCAGAUUUGCAAUGGGAGGAGCGUGUUUCCAUUCGCCCACAUGGUAUCUAUGGCAACCGAGGGAUGCUUUCAUCUGUGUUCCAGCAGCAGUACAUAGGUUUAAUUAUUAUGGUCUUGCAUCCCAAGCCAUAGGCAUUUUGCUGGCAUGGGUUCCGUGUCAAACACUUUAAAUUGUUGCCGGGACAGAUUGUCCCUUUCAAAAAUUAUGUCGAGCCGGUCAUUGUCAAGCCACAGAGCCAAGCUUGUUCGUUUCCACCUUUUGCAGAACAGAAUCCUUUGUGGUUUCAUAUUUGCAUUCAGGUCGAUUAGUUUGGGAUUGCCGUUGGCUAGCUGUCAGGCAUAAAAAAAAAACACCAAACCCAUGUGGGUGUGACUAAGGUAAAGGGACCCCUGACCAUUAGGUCCAGUUGUGGCUGCCUCUGGGGUUGCGGCGCUCAUCUCGCUUUAUUGGCCGAGGGAGCUGGCGUACAGCUUCCGGGUCAUGCGGCCAGCAUGGCUAAGCCGCUUCUGACGAACCAGAGCAGCGCACGGAAAUGCCAUUUACCUUCCCGCCGGAGUGGUACCUAUUCAUCUACUUGCACUUUGAUGUGCUUUUGAAGUGCUAGGUUGGCAGGAGCAGGGACCGAGCAAUGGGAACUAACUCCGUCACGAGAUAAAGCGAGAUGAGCGCCGCAACCCCAGAGUUGGCCAUGACUGGACCUAAUGGUCAGGGGUCCCUUUACCUUUACCUUUAAUACUGCUUGAAGUGUUUAUAGCAGAUGGGGCUGAGUCGUGUUAAGGGAACGGCAAUGUUCAGUCUGCACCGCCAGCGAUAUCUCUCCAGGAUCUAAUGCAGAGGACUUUCUUAGAGUGCCAACUACAUGGAGGUGCAAGGCUUUGAACUUUGUGCCUGAUAGGUGUCGUGUCGAUUGUAGCUCCCUUUAAAAGGGGGGGGGGGAGGAGAGACAGAGAAAUCUCUAUAUAAGCAUUUUAACGGGACACCAACUUAGGACCUGAAAGUUUCCACUUAAGUAAGUCUGCUUCCUCCUACUCACUAGGUCAGCAUCUGCGCUUGGAAGCAACUUGCAUUUAUUUUUAACACCGUGUUUCCACUGGAUUAUCAGGUUCUUUCCUGCGUUAGCGUUAAGUUGUUUGGCAUUGAUUCAGACUGGGCUUUUAGAAGCUGAAAUUCUGAUAAAUUGCUUUGAGCCAAAUAUGUAAUGUAAGUUUUUUGUUUUGUUUUUUAAAGGACACGUUUUAAAGUGGUUAGGAUUUCUGAGUGCAUUUCAUGGGGGGGCUGGGGGGGGGAAGCAGUGGGGGCCUGAGGCAAAAAAAUACCAAAUAUGUCACCACAGAGAAAUAUAUUUGAGUGUUUGUCAAUCCUGGGUUUAUUGCAGCGAUAUAAAAUCAUUUGUUUUGGAAACGGCACGCAUUUAGAAUAUAUCACAAGGGACUCUGGACUUUUCUGUUGAAACAAGGUACUUCAGCUUAGUGCUAGAUACUGAUUUUUUAUUUUCCCAGUCAAAGGUCAACAGUCUCCUAACUAACUAAUCUGAAGAUACCGUAUUUAUUAACACUCUCUCAGUUCAUUGCACUAGGAAACUGUGUCCUGUUAACACUGUGCUUACUGCUGCAAAUGUCCCGAUCAUUGACAGGGCAUUUGCAAGGCUGUGCCUGCUGUAAAAGGGAAAUUCUCUGCCCAAGGUGACUUUAAAAUUCUGCAAUAAAAAAGCUGGUACCAACUUGAAGGUAAUUGUCUUGGGUGGCAAUCCUAUACACAUAAGAAUAUAAGAUUAGCCCGGUGGAUCAGGCCAGUGGCUCAUUUGGUCAUAGAAUCAUAGAACUGGAAAGGAAUCUCAGCUAAAGCAUCCCUGACAGAUGGCCAUCCAACCCUUGCUUAAAAACCUCCAAGGAAGGAGAGUCCACCAUCUCCCAAGGGAGACCGUUCCCACUGUCAGGCAGCUCUUACUGUCAAAAAAGUUCUUCCUGAUGUUGAGCAAGAAUCUCCUUUCUUGUAACUUGAAGCCAUUGGUUCGAGUCCCACCCUGCAGAGCAGGAGAAAACAAGCUUGCUCCAUCUUCCAUGUGACAGCCUUUGAGAUAUUUGAAGAUGGCUAUCAUAUCUCCUCCCGGUUUCCUCUAUUACAGGCUAAACGUACUUAGCUCCUUCAACCGUUCCUCGUAAGGCCUGGUUUCCAGACUCAUGAACAACUUGCUUGCCCUCCUCUGCACACGUUCCUGCUUGUCAAUAUCCUUCUGAAAUUGUGGCGCCCAGAACUGGGCACAAUACUUCAGAAGGAUGCCAGCAACAGUUGUGUUUGGGUUUGAAUUCCAUUUCCACAGAAUUCAGUUUGUGAUACUACAAAAUGCAGUGUAAGAAGUUCAUAAAGCAAGAAAAAGACGAGUGAAAAUCAAUACAAAAUAUUUAACGCGAUGGAUGGGCUACCGCCCAUCUUCAAACACAAAUCCACAGACACAUCGUUCAGGACCACCUGAAUGAAACCCAUGCGCCACAAGUGCAAGCACAUCGCUUCCCCAGAAUAUACUUCUACAGUGGGACCUCUGGUUGCGGACAGGAUCCGUUCUGGAGGUCCGGUCGGAUCCCCGGGUUUCCGCAACCUGAGGACCGCUUCUGUGCAUGCAUGCGUGGCGGAACCUGGUCAAAUACUUCUGGGUUUACCGCUUUCAGAUCCUGAAGUUUACGUAACCAGAGGGUUACGUAACGGAAGCUACUACUGUAUUAGGUAUGUGUGGACAAUCCAAGACCUAAACAAGAAAGAUAGAAAGAGAAUUCUAACUGGUUGCCUGGAGGAGAUCUUGACUUGCCAUUGGCGACCUGGUGUGCGUGUGUUGUAUUGUUUUUAUUUACAAGCCUGCAUUAGACACAGUGGACGCUGGGGUUGUGAACGUGAUCUGUACGGGAUGCACGUUUGCAACCUGCAGCGUUCGUAACCCACAGCGUUGCAUCUGCGCAUGCGUGGGUUGCGAUUUGGUGCUUCUGCACAUGCACAAAGCGUGAUUUAGCAUUCCGUACUUCCGGGUUUCGGCGGGUCUGUAGCCUGAAAAAACACAACCUGAAGCGUCUGUAACCCAAGGUAUGACUGUACUGGAGAAUGAAUAUGGGUGAUUGGGAGCUAGUUAGCCAGCCAGCUGCCUUCUCCCCUUUGGCAUAGCUGUUCUUGAAGAAGCUCUCGCCUUGGCUCAAGGCCCAGGCAGGUUUCCUGUGUGCUGGCAUCCGGACAGCGUGCAGGGAUUGCCACCAGCAUAACACACAUACCACGGAUUAUCCUGGAUUUCCGGGCCCCGCUGGUGCAGAUCUAAGGAGUCUGGGUGGCAGGAAGGGCCAAGGGUCUCCGAGGCAGCUGUUAAAACUAUGACCCCGAGGUGCAGGAGAGUUGCAUCAGGUUCCAAUUGUUCAUUUAAAAAAAAUGGGGUAGCAGUUAACACAGAGGGAUGUUAGUACAGUCAUACCUCAUGUUACAGAUGCUUCAGGUUAUGUCUUUUCAGGCUGUGUCCUGCGGCGACCUGGAAGUACCGGAAAGGGUUACUUCCGGGUUUCGCCGCAUGCGCACAUGCGCCAGAUUGAGCUGCGCACCUGCGCAGAUACGGCGCUUCAGGUUGCGCUCUUUUCAGGUUGCGAAUGGGCCUCCGGAAUGGAUCCUGUUCGCAUCCACAGGUACCACUGUACAGGAAAAAGAAGUGGGGUGCCCAGGCUGCGGAGCGGCCGGUCAGAACAUCUCCCUCUCUUGGCUGUGUGUACCUCAGACACGUGUGCAAGCACCUAUGGUCUGGAAGCCUCCUGUCUAGAUUACUGCAGCGCCUUGUACAAGGGGCUGCCUUUGAAAAGGUUUCAGAAUCUGCAGCUGGUUCAGAGUCGGGCUGCAAGAGGGUCAGCUGACUGGGUGAUUUGGGUGGAGGGGCUGAACAAUGAGUACGAUUGGGGGCUUUUCACCCCUGGGCAAUCCUGAAAACAUUUUUCUUUUUUUUUCUUUUUGCAGCUGCUGAGCCAUCUGGUUUAGUGCAAACCCGGCUUUUGCAGAGAGCCAGAUGGGGACACUUGGAAAUGCAAAAACGGUUUUGCAAAGUCCCGUUUCUGGAUCCGUGCCACCUUUGCUAUAUGCUCAAGCUCAUCCUUUAAGCAGCUUGAAACCCUUUUAACCUCCCUGCACACCAGACUGCACAAACCUGGUUAUAGUUAUGUAAUCGUAUGCAGGGUGAAAUUCUGCUGUUCCUCAGGCUGGUGUGGUGGGUGCGUUCAUGUUGCCAAAGAACAGGAAGUGCAUAAUAACCCCCUCCAAGAAAAGGGGGAUUGUGUGUGUGUGUGUAUGCAUGCAUAUUUAUAAAUAAUUGCUAUAAUUUUAAUAGAAAUACAAUAGAUUUCACCGUAGCAGGGAAGGCUGUAGCUUGGACCAUAGAUCCGUGGUAGAGCAUCUAUUCUGCCUGCCUGAAGUCCCAGCUUCAACCACCAGCAUCUCCCAAGUUGGGAUGGGAAUAUCGCCUGCCCGAAACCCUGGAGAGCCACAGGGUUAUGCUAUGCUAUGCUAAAAGGACCAAAUAGUGUGGGUUGGAUUAAGGCAGCUGGCCUAGUUCCUGUGUUGACCAAGUGACCUGUGUGGCUCAGUGCUAGAAACCUAAUCAGGGAAAUGGCUGGAUGCUCUGUUAGCAUUUCAUGCCUCCGGUGCAGCAGAUGUGAUGGGUGUAAUUCACAUGCCCGCCUGGGAAGAGCGUGGGAGCGGAAGACAGCCUCAUCUCUUUUGGACUGUACUUUUGCUUUUACUCUGUCCUGUGUUCUCUCGGAGCUGGAGAGAGAGGACAUAGUGUGUCCGUACAUAGUGUGUAAAUAAAUACGUAGUUUAGCUCUGUGAUGUUUCACGCUUCUUGCGGUGUUAUGCUAGAAGAUUAGUGUGCAUAUAUCAUUUGAUAUCUGUCGCUGAAGCGCACUGGAGAAGAAGGGAAAUGCCUUUUCCAGAGAUGCGCAUACCGGAGGACGCUCAGAGUUCGGGGGGCUCCAGGAGCACCCCCAGGGCAUUUUUCCAACAUGCUCAUGAUGAUGAGAGCCAGCAUUGAGUUUUACUUAUGGAAUUCAAUUAUAGGUGUGCACUUGCUUUUCUGCCAAGAUUUGUAUACCGUACUUUUCCAUGCAUUGUACGAGGUUUUUUUUACUACAAAAUAAAGAAAAACAUGGGGGAGGGUCAUCUUAUACAUGGGUAGUGCAGAGGGGGGAUGGGCGAUUGGUUGCACCCGCGAGCAGGAUCUAGCGAUUGGGUGGGUGAAUGGUGUCUGCUGCAAGGGCUGCUUUGGAUUGGCUGCUGCUUCGGCAGUUAGGCUUGCGUCGCUUGCGAUUGUUAGCAUUUGCCAGUUGGGUGAGUGAUAUUCGGUUCGGCACCCCCACAGCCCAAAUUUUCUUAACAACGGUGGGUGCCCCCCACCCCCAAAAAAGCUCAACAACUCUGUGCCAUCUCCCUCCAUUUUCUUAAAUUUGAGCCCCCCAAAAUAGACGGAAAAGUACGGUACUUGCUAAUGGGUGGAGUGGGGUAGCAGUUCUCCUACAGUCUCUGAAUGCUUUAAUACAAUUUGGAAUAUCACAACUGCCCGAAUUAAUGUGCUAUAAAAGAAAGACAGGUAUAAAAACAGGUGCUAUUAAAGAAACAUAUAACGAAAAGCAGGCGAACAAACUUCCAGAGAAACAAAUUCUGUUUGUGAUGUUCUGGAAUAACAAGUUUCGGGACAGUAUUCAAACUUAAAUUUCUUUUGCCUUACUGUAAUUAUGUAGGAUGUUCUCUAAGAGUAUAUAUGUAUGAUUAGGUGUUGUUGUUUUUUUAAAAUGCUUCUAUGGACCCAAAGCACCCAUCUCCAAAAAACAAAAUUUAACCAUUAUCUGCAUUUGUUUUGGGUGUGUGUGAGCGAGAGAGACAGGAUAGGGCUUGUUUAAUUGCACCUUUUAAUUCUGGCGGUUUAUUUUAAUGUUUGGAUGGGGGGUUUUUUUAUCAUGCAUUUUAGUUAGGCCGCGUGUGGGUGGGUGUGCAUUUUUCGUAAUUGGUUUUAUACUUGUAAAUGGAUGCCAUUUUGGCCAUUGGGCAGCACAUCAGUUAAUAAUAGGUGCACAGCUGAUGCAUGUAAUACUCCUUGGUCCACAUCCAAUGUCUUCUUCAGUCUGUGCUCCUCCUCCUCCCUGCUGACAUUGAGAGUCCUGCUCCGAGUAGACCCAUUUGUAAUAAAUGGACUUGACUAACUUGUUUUCAGUGGGCUUGCUCUUGAGUGUGACUUAGUCAGACACAACCUUCCGUGUCAUUUUGGUUUGUGAUAAUAUUCUGUGGGGCUAUGUUCCAGGCACCAGGUUCCUAUGGUGUUUGCCAUUUUGAAAGGAUCAGUUAUUUUAGCCGAGACGUUGAAAAGUUCAGAUAGGGAGAUACAGGAUGCAUUGAGGUCUCCUGGGUCCCAGGCAGGAAUCAUCCCAAGCCUCAACUGGAGAUGCCAGGGAUCAAACUUGGAACCUUUUGCUUGCAAAACAAAGACUCUACCACUGAACUACAGCCGUUUUCCCGAGGAUCUGUGUGGAUGGUACAGCUGAAAGCAGAGACGUCGGGACAAAGCCUGCCAUGCUAACUCUCGCAACUUCCUUGAGGUUCCUUCUUCCUCCCCACUAGACCUGCUCAGGUGUAGCUGAUGCCUGGGUGCAGUGGGUGGUGCUGUGGUCUAAACCACUUAGCCUCUUGGGCUUGCCGAUCGGAAGGUUGGCUGUUCGAAUCCCCCCCCCCCCCGUUGCUCUGCCCCAGCUCCUGCCAACCUAGCAGUUUGAAAGCACGCCAGGGCAAGUAGAUAAAGAGGUACCACUGCGACGGGAAGGUAAACAGCGUAUCUGUGUGCUCUGGUUUCCAUCACGGUGUCCCAUUGCGCCAGAAGCGAUUUAGUCAUGCUGGCCGCAUGACCCGGAAAGCUGUCUGUGGACAAACGCCGGCCCCCUCACCCUGAAAAGCGAGAUGAGCGCCGCAACCCCAUACUCGCCUUUGACUGGACUUAACUGUCCAGGGGUCCUUUACAGGUUAACCUAUCCCAUGUUGAAAGGGAACGAUUUCCCCUUCCUAUCCUAGCUCAUUUAUCCCUUCCUCUGACCAGGCAGGAGAUCUCCCCAAACGUGUGGCCGAACCAACACUGGUAUCUUAAAUGUUGACUUUCGUGAAACCUGCCUACUUGUUUACGUGGAUGGUGUCUGGUCCGAAAAACAGUACAGUGGACACACGGGUUGCAAACGUGAUCCGUGCGGGAUGCACGUUCGCAACCCACGUCUGCUCACGCAUGGGUUGCUAUUUGCUAUCGCUUCUGAGCAUGCGCAAAGCGCGAUUUAGCACUUCUGCGCAUGCACGACUGCUGAAACCCGGAAGUAACCUGUUCCGGUACGUCUGGGUUUCGGCGGUCUGUAACCUGAAAAAACUCAACCUGAAGCGUCUGUAACCUGAGGUAUGACUGUACUUCUAAGGACAGGGCGUGCUGACCAUUGUUCACUAGCACAAACCAUGCGAUUCUCUUAACAUUAUCUCAUGGUUUGCGGGGGGUAUUCAGUUGACAUUACACUCUGUCCUAAGCUCUUACUUUGGACCAGGCUGUAAACUGACUUGGAGGUUGCUUUGCAGGAGUUCUUUAAUUGUGUUCUUUAAUUGUUCAUUUCCUCGCCUCCAUUCAUGAGCUAAGGACAGUGGAGCACACCCUGUUUAGGUCACAGUCCCUGGCUGAAAGCAGUCAAUACCAGAAUCCACAGAGCUCUGUGUCGUAUCCAGCACCGCUGUUCUGCUGGGGCAGAAAACUUCCACUUGUGCAACUCUGGAUUGUUAAAACCACCCUGGGAAUUGUUCUUUUUAUUAUGAUGUUUAUGUAUUGAUACUUAAUUCAAAGAUGUACAGAAAUACAUACCCAUUACAAAGCAUCUUUUUUUAUAACAUACGGAUAUAAAACAGCUACUUAAUCUUAAAAAAAGGAACAAAGUCAGAAGGAAGAAAAUACAAGAAAAGGAGAAAUCUGAGGAAGAAGAAGGCCAGAGAAAAGAAAGAAAGAAAAAACUAAAGAAACAGUAAAAUAAAUUACUCUCUGCAGCUACAUAUUCUACUCCUUCUUUAAGAUCCAGCCAUUCUGUUUUCUAUAAACCAGUAUUUUUUUCAGUCUUCAAAUCCAGAUAUUACAAGUCCUUUUUUCCCUUUCACACAAAAAGUCCAUAAGGAAUUUCCAAACCUAAACAAAUGAUUUCUAUCUAAUUGGACACGUCAGCUUAGCCAUCUCAGCCAAGACCAGUAAUUUUAUCAGCCGUUCUUCUAUAGGGGUAAUGCUGUGUCUUUCAAUCUUUGUGCAUGUAGAAGUGAAUCGUAUAUUGGAGUAGUCUUCCACAGUCCUGGGAACUGUAGUUUUGUGAGGGGAAAUAGGGGGUCUUCUAACAACUCUCAGCACCUGUAGCAAACUACAGCUCCCAGGGUUCUUUGGGGGAGAAACCUGGGGUGUUUUAAAUUAGCAUUGUAGUGCAUUAGAUGCAUACAGUGGUACCUCAGGUUAAGUACUUAAUUCGUUCCGGAAGUCCGUACUUAACCUGAAACUGUUCUUAACCUGAAGCACCACUUUAGCUAAUGGGGCCUCCUGCUGCUGCCGCGCCGCUGGAGCACGAUUUCUGUUCUCAACCUGAAGCAAAGUUCUUAACCUGAAGCACUAUUUCUGGGUUAGCGGAGUCUGUAACCUGAAGCAUAUGUAACCUGAGGUACCACUGUAGUGCCAAAUCCUGCUCCCUAAAACCAUGCAGCCCGUACAGUGGCUGCUGCGUCCUUCUCAAGCAUUUCCUUCUCUGGCCCUACCAAGAUCUCUUGGUCACAGACAGUUAUGUAAAGCACAUUUGACACUCAUCUGGCUGCUCCAGCUAACACUCUGGCUCUGCAGGUUCCUUAGAAACCACCUGAGGGGGCAGAACUUUUCCACAGAUGCCAGGCAGCUGAAUGCAAAUAUUCCAGAAGGCCAAGUCUCUGGGCACAAACAGAACCAGGACCACGUUCACAGUGGGAACAACUUGCAUUCAUGGGCUUGAAACUCUGCUCCUCCCGCAGCGCUGUGUAAUUUCAGGAAGCGUGGGUGUAAACGGUGUAAAGGACUCAAAUUUUCCACUCCCCGCGUCGUCGCAAACCCUGAGAGUCUCCUCUGCCCUGGCUGUAACUUUCCAGUGGAACGUUUCGGUGGUUCUUCAGCUAGAGGAGAAUUUCUCCCGAAGCACCUAGUCUGUCCUUCCAAGUCAAGAAUUCAGGCAGGACAGAUCCUUUUUCGUGUGCUGCUUCUAUGUCAAGUCCAGAGGGCGGCAACACGAGAAAGGGCCUUUUCUGUGGUGGCUCCCCAUUUGUGGAAUGCUCUCCCCAGGGAGGCCCUCCUGGCGCCUUCAUCAUACACCAUUAGGUGUUUACAUUUUGCAUUUCUCUAUUGUGAACCGCCCUGUGAUCUUCAUACAAAGGGCGGGUAUACAGAUUUAAGAAAUUAAACAAUCAAAUAAAUACCCACCUAUCCUAAAUGGGGGACGCGGGUGGCGCUGUGGGUUAAAUCACAGAGCCUAGGACUUGCCGAUCAGAAGGUCGGCAGUUCGAAUCCCUGUGACGGGGUGAGCUCCCAUUGCUCGGUCCCUGCUCCUGCCAACCUAGCAGUUCGAAAGCACAUCAAAGUGCAAGUAGAUAAAUAGGUACCGCUGUGGCGGGAAGGUAAACAGAUUUUCCGUGCGCUGCUCUGGUUCGCCAGAAACGGCUUAGUCAUGCUGGCCACAUGACCCGGAAGCUGUACGCCGGCUCCUCGGUCAGUAAAGCGAGAUGAGCGCCGCAACCCCAGAGUCGUCCACGACGGGACCUAAUAGUCAGGGGUCCCUUUACCUUUAUCCUAAAUGGACGGUUGAGGUAGUGACUUGUUUAAGGCAAGUCAUAACACGGUGACUCACAGCAGGGUUUACGAGUGGCGGCUGUUGUGGGUAAUAUCACAGUAGUACAGCUAAGGCAUAAUAAUAAUUUCAGGGCCAAGCAAUCAUGCAGUUACAGCGGCAGGUUCCCCUUUUGCAAUUCAGGAAGGUGUUUUAAAGGUAAAGGGACCACUGACCAUUAGGUCCAGUCGCAGACGACUCUGGGGUUGCGGAGCUCAUCUCGCUUUAUUGGCCGAGGGAGCUGGCGUACAGCUUCCGGGUCAUGUGGCCAGCAUGACUAAGCCGCUUUGGCGAACCAGAGCAGCGCACGGAAACACCGUUUACCUUCCCGCUGGAGUGGUACCUAUUUAUCUACUUGCACUGGCGUGCUUUCGAACUGCUAGGUUGGCAGGAGCAGGGACCGAGCAACGGGAGCUCACUCUGUCGUGGGGAUCCGAACUGCCGACCUUCUGAUCGGCAAGCCCUAGGCUCUGUGCUUUAACCCACAGCACCACCCGCAUCCCUGGAAGGUAUUUUAGAAACCAGCUAAAGAAGAAUAUAACUGGUGCAUCAGGUUUGGGGUCCGUUGUAAUGGAGGUGGAAACCUGAGCUGUCUCAGAGGUGGCUGCAGAAUUGGGAAUCUCUCCAAAGGGCAUCGCACUCUGGGACAAGGAGUCCUCGAGAUCUGUGCCAAGGAAUUACUUUUGUAGCAAUAGCGGUUGUUCUUUCAAAGAAAAGCCCAGCCAUAUAAAUUACCUGCUGCUUAACUGCAGUUUCUUUGGGACACCCGAAGCCGAUCCAAACUCUCGUUUUCUUCUCCUUUCUUCUGUUGUCGCAGCCAGAUCUUUUCUCAGUCCCGGCUCAGAAGGGAAGCUCCUCCGGUUACCCCAGAUAAAUAGCAAUAAUGGAAGCUUUUUGGACUGAAAUUAAUGCAAGUCGGAGGUCACGGCCUUGCCGUCAGAUGAGAUUUAUGGAAAAGCUGGCUGCCUGCUCUGUCCCUCUGCGGGUUUUCAUGGGAGCACUGUUUCUUUUUUUUACAAAAAACCUGUAAAUUAUAGCUGAAAUGCAUUUUCUCAAGAUUGCACAUCUCUUGUCUUUAAUGAACUUAACAUGAAAACAAGUGUCAGCAAGCCUACCCAGAUACAUCAUUUCGUUAUCUUUCUUAGUUUCAAAAGGCUUGCUGAUUUUUUCCGUGUUUCACUGAUAAUUAUCUUACAUAGCCUUCUUUCUUUCAAACGAGCUUUUUAGCUGUGUCUUAUAGAUAAUUUUAUUAAAACACACUGCUUAGAGAGUUUCACAACUUAGUGGGCUGUAAAUCUUUCGAAAUGAAAUGAAUAAACGGCGUUUUGAUUUCAGGGACGCUCCAACCAAAUACUUUGUGAAAAAACAUUAUUAUUAUUAUUAUCUUCCUUCCUUCCUUCCUUCCUUCCUUCCUUCCUUCCUUUCUUUCUUCCUUUCUUUCUUUCUUUCUUUCUUUCUUUCAAACUUUUACAUCCUCCCGCCCCCCUGCUCCAAUUUGGACCACAUGGGUGACUAAUGACAAGAAUAAACAAAAGGGCCAUGCAAGAUUUAAGACAAAAGUCACAAAAAGUGCAAUGAGAACCUACUAGCAACCAAACUGCACCCAGAAAAUAAUAUUUCCUUAUGGUCCCAAAGCCCGGGCAACUGAAAAGGUCUUUGGCCUCCUCUUAAACAUUGCUGCAGUGGGGAGAAGACCAGAUUCCGCUGGAGCAGGGAGCUUCCAUAGGUGAGCUGGUGCCAUUGAGAACUCCCUUCCAAAGCAAUUUAAGUCCCCUUGAUUUUGGAGGGCGAAUUGGGCAGGAGUAUCGCUCCCUCCCCCAGCGGUGUUUAAAAGACCUCAGUAUUUUGACUUGUAAAAGCAGCACCCAAGUGAUGUGGAGUGGAGUUCAGUUCUGUCUCCCUUCACAAUUUGAGGCCCUGCCCAGUUUCGAACCCUUAACCUUCCAGGGAUAUAAUAGACAACACCUGAAAGUCUUGUGAGAAUCUCCACGCUGUUUUUUCCAUUCUGUGCUGGAGUUCUGUAAUGUCUGAAUUUGCCUCUUGGGCAGCCUUCAUGUUCUGUUAUGAUGGGGUUUUUUCCAUCUUCUUUGUACAUGUGCUGGGAGCUAUUUGAUGUUCUCAUAGGUGUUUUGUGUUGUCUUCCCCCCUUUGCUCUCUACAGGAUGUGGGCAUUUCUCCAACCCAGCGGGACGAAGUGGUUCAGUGGAUGGUCAAACUCAAGUUCCAGUUCCACCUUUACCCAGAAACGUUGGCCCUGGCUGUCAGUCUCUUGGACAGGUUUUUAGCUGCCGUGAAGGUAAAUAUUUGACCAUCGGGAUCUUGGGAACGAUCUGUUCGACCUAACCCAGCUGUUUUCAAAAAAGCAAUUUUGUUUUUCCUUCUUCCAUCUCCCGGACUUGGCCCCUGUGAGAUCUUUUCACGCAGCAGUUUUCCUUCUGCUCAAAGAUCAAAUCCUUGAUCUCCGUGCCCUCAGCCCUGUCUCCUAUGUGGGCAAGCUGAAGCAAAAAAUAAAAAUAAAAUAACCAGUUUGUGUGUAAAACAGCCUUUAUCAACCUUGGCUCCCCAGAUGUACCGUAUUUUUCGCUCUGCAAGACACACCAGACCACAAGACGCACCUAGUUUUUGGAGGAGGAAAACAAGAAAAAAAUUAUUCUGAAUCUCAGAAGCCAGAACAGCAAGAGGGAUCACUGCGCAGCGAGAGCAGCAAUCCCUCUUGCUGUUCUGGCUUCUGUGAUAGCUGCGCAGCCUGCAUUCGCUCCAUAAGACGCACACACAUUUCCCCUUACUUUUUAGGAGGGGAAAAGUGAGUCUUAGAGAGCAAAAAAAUACGGUAUUUGGCCUACAACUCCCAUCAUCCCUGAGCACUGGUCCUGUGAGCUAGGGAUCAUGGGAGUUGUAGGUCAGAAACAUCUGGGGACCCAAGGCUGAGAACCACUGGAAGGAAGAAGUUUAUUUGUUUUAUUUCAAGCAUUUAUCAACCAGGCCUUUUUUAUGUCUGCAACAUAAAACCAAUAAACAUUAUCAGCUAUCACAGAGUUAGACCUGCGGUGGGCAACACCUGUCCCAACUAGGAACAUAGAAUUGUAGAGUUGUAGACCCCAAGGAUAACACUGGUCAACAACAAAUUUGUUGUCUGCGUUUUUUCAGUUGAUUUAGGACGAAUCUGAUGCGCUGAAUCCAAAAAUCACAUUGGUUUUGCUCAAUCAGGUCAAGUUUUUGAGCUAUGGCCACGUCGUUUUUUUACGUUUUUGUUCACAUGUACGCUUGUGUGGAGCAUUUUAGAAGACGUUGGUGGGGGUAAAAUGCCAUGUCAAAUAAUUGUUUUGAUUGGAAAUGAUUAUUUUAAUGACAAGAAGUAUUCAGGUCCGAUAGUUCUGGGUGAUUAUGUCGAAAAGGGAUCAGUUUGAAGUCAUAAAACCUCGAAAUCUUCCAUAAAUUGGUGCGGCAAAGCAUAAAGUUGGGGGAUCAAAACUAAGUUAAUGGGGCAGCUGCCCCACGAAGUAUCCUGAUCUUCAAUCAGCGCGUUGUCCUGUAGCUCAUUGUGAUGAAAUUCCAGUGCCUAUCUUCGGAGAACUUCCUGACAUUAGUGACGAAGAUGCCUCCAGUGUCGAAGGACAUGAAGAAGAAGAAGUGGUUCUUGAAGAUGAUGCUCCACAUCAUCUUCAAGGAGGAGUUGAAUGAUCUAGUUCGCGACCUCAGCUUGUCAAAGGACUCUGCCGAAUUGUUGGCAUCCAGAUUGAAGGGAAAAAACCUCCUCUCUGACAGUGCUCGCAUCAGCUUCUUCCGCAACAGGUAUCAAGAGUACCUCCGUUUUUUCUCGGAAGAGAAGGACUUGGUGUACUGUGCAGAUAUUGCGCAGGUUCUGCUCAAGCUUGGAGUGCCACAGUACGAACCCAGCAAUCGAUCACUGAAAUGUGUUCUGCUACACAACGGCAACCAGUUUGCCUCUAUACCCCUGGCUCACUCGAGUACACUGAAGGAGAACUAUGAAGCGGUGAAGUAUGUUCUGGAGAAAAUUGGUUAUGAUCAGCAUAAGUGGUUUAUUUAUGUUGACCUGAAGAUGGUGAACUUUUUGUUGGGACAACAGUCUGGCUUCACCAAGUACCCAUGUUUUCUGUGCAUGUGGGAUAGUAGGGACUGUGCUCAGCAUUACAUGAAGAAGGACUGGCCUGUGCGGGAGGAAUUGGUGCCUUGCAAAAAAAGGAACGUCAUCAAUGACCCUCUGGUGGACAGAGACAGAAUACUCUUCCCACCGCUGCACAUCAAGCUCGGCUUAAUCAAGCAGUUCACCAAGGCUCUGGACAAGGAUGGUGACUGCUUCACUUACUUGUGCCAGGCUUUUCCAGGAUUGACCAUGGAGAAGUUGAAAGCUGGCAUCUUUGACGGUCCUCAGAUCCGUCAGUUCAUCAGAGAUCCAGAGUUCGGAAACUCAAUGAACGAAGUGGAACUGGAAGCGUGGAAGGCAUUUGUUCUUGUAGUGAAGAACUUUCUUGGCAACAAUAAGGCCAGAAACUACGCAAAACUUGUCAACAACAUGCUGACUGCUUUCAGAAACCUGGGCUGCAACAUGAGUGUCAAGAUGCACUACCUAUUUUCACAUAUGGACCGGUUUCCUGAGAACCUGGGUUCAGUGAGCGACGAGCAGGGGGAGAGAUUCCAUCAGGACAUGAAAGAGAUGGAGACCAGGUAUCAGGGUCGCUGGGACGCAGUCAUGAUGGCUGACUACUGUUCAACUCUGAAGAGAGACCUCCCUGCCGCUGAGCAUUCCAGGAGUUCCAAGAAACGGAAGUUCAAGCCCUGAAGUUUGAAAAAUGGUGAAGCAACAUGCAAUUUACAUGUACUUACCUUUAUCAAUGCCCACCAUUCAGUUUACAGCAAACCAGACCUGAUGGAGAGAAACGGAUGCCAUUUCCUGAUUCAGCAGUGCAAAAAUACCCUAAAUCAGUUGUAGAAAUCUAGACAACAUUCAAAAAGUAAAAAAUUGUUGCCCAGUGUAAUCUAAUCCAACCGCUUAUAAUGCAGGAAUCAUCUGAAGCAUCCCUGAAAGAUGGCCACCCAACCUCUGCUUAAAAACCUCCAAGGAAGGAGAGUCCACUGUCUCCCAAGGGAGACCGUUCCACUGUCCAACAGCUCUUACAGUCAGAAAGUUCUUCCUGGUGUUUAGUCGGAAUCUCCUUUCUUGGAACUUGAAGCCGUUGAUUCGAGUCCUUCCCUCCAGAGUUGGAGAAAACAGGCUUGCCCCAUCUUCCAUGUGACAGCCCUUGAGAUAUUUGAAGAUGGCUAUCAUAUAUGACCUCUUUUCCAGGCUAAACAUACCCAGCUCCUUCAACCAUUCCUCAUAAGGCUUGGUUCCCCAGACCUUUGAUCAUCUUGGUUGCUUUCCUCUGCACACAUUCUAGCUUGUCAGUAUCCUUCAUAGAUUGUGGCACCUAGAACUGGACCUGCGUUCCGGAGCAGGAGAAAGCAAGCUUUCCGUUUUCCAUGUGACAGCCCUUGAGAUAUUUGAAGAUGGCUAUCCUAUCUCCUCUCGGUCUCCUCUUUUCCAGGCUAAACAUACCCAGCUCCCUCAACUGUUCCUUUACCAACUGCACUGGCUCCCGGUGGAGUUACAGGGUCAGGUUUAAAGUGGUGGUUUUGACCUUUAAAGCCCUAUGUGGCCUAGGACCCACGUACCUACGGGGCCGCCUCUCCUGGUAUGCCCCGCGGAGGACCUUAAGGUUUACAAAUGACAACAUUUUGGAGGUCCCAAGUCACACAGUGGUUAGAUUGGUCUCAACUAGGGCCAGGGCCUUUUCAGUACUGGCCCCGACUUGGUGGAACGCUCUGUCACAAGAGACUAGGGCCCUGCGGGACUUGACAUCUUUCCGCAGGGCCUGCAAGACGGAGCCUUCGGUUGGGACUCAGUCUGACCCUUACGUUUCCCUCCCCUUAGGGUUUUGAUCUAUGGGCUAUUAUUAAAACGAGGCUGCAUUUUAAAUUGUAUUUUUAACCUGUAUUUUAAAUUGUCCCCCCCCCCCCCCGUUAUGUUUUUAUUGUAAUUUUACUGGUGUUAGCUGCCCUGAGCUGAGCCCGACUCUGGCCGGGGAGAGCGGGGUAUAAAUAAAAAUUUAUUAUUAUUAUUGGGUUUGUUUCCCAGACCCUUGAUCAUCUUGGUCACCCUCUUCUGCACACGUUCUAGCUUGUCAAUAUCCUUCUUAGAUUGUGGCACCUAGAACCGGACCUGCGUUCCGGAGCAGGAGAAAACAAGCUUGCCCCAUCUUUCAUGUGACAACCCUUUAGAUAUUUGAAGAUGGUUAUCCUAUGUCCUCUCAGUCUCCUCUUUUUCAUUCCUCAUAAGGCUUGGUUCCCCAGACCUUUGAUCGUCUUGGUUGCUUUCCUCUGCACACGUUCUAGCUUGUCAAUAUCCUUCUUAGAUUGUGGCACCUAGAACUGGACCUGCGUUCCGGAGCAGGAGAAAACAAGCUUGUUCCAUCUUCCAUCUCAUAUCCCUCGGGAUAUUUGAAGGUGGCUAACAUAUAUCCUCUCAAUCUCCUCUAACACAGCUAGCCUCAUGGUCAGCAAGCUACCUUAUACUGAGCCAGACCAUUAGCUCAGUAUUCUUGGCACAGAGUGGCAAGCUGCUCCUCAGUUCCAGGCAGGGAUGCUGCUGGGCAUUGAACCGGGCGCCUUCUGCUUGCGAGGCAGGCAUCCUGCCAUUGAACCACAGCCUCUCCCCCUGCUGCUCUUGCCAGCUGGCCCUCCAGAGACGCCGCUCCUUAGCUCUUCCUCUCCCCUCUCUCCUAGGCCCGUCCAAAGUACUUGAACUGUAUUGCAAUUAGCUGCUUCUUCCUCGCUGCCAAGACCAUUGAGGAAGAUGAGGUAAGUGCUUUCCCCCUUGGAGGGGCGGGGGGGCCAGAGCCGCCGCGUUUUUCAUUGCACCACCCGCUUCAGAAAGCUGUCGUAACAGGCUUGCGGUCAGGGCUGCCUUGCCAAAGCAGUAGUGAGAACUCUGUGGCUUUGUUGUGGGCAUGCUGUGGGUAUAAGGAUGGGGUGGCAGGUGCCUCUCCUGCUUGCACCCCGUGGGGUUGUGUGGGGUUGGCACCCUGAGCCAACUGGCAGAUAAAGGUUGAAGCGCCCAAUAUUUAUUGUGCUCCCCUUCCUCCUGAAUUUGAUAAAAGACACACAAACACACACACACACACACACACACACACACACACGAGAGUGUCUUUGUUUCCUCCAACACCUAGUAACAAUGGUCUUAAGGCAAAAAUCAUAGAAUUGUAGAGUUGGAAGGGACCAUGAGAGGCAUUAAUAAUAAUAAUAAUAAUAAUAAUAAUAAUAAUAAUAAUAAUUUACUUAUUUACUUACUUACUUACUGGCUCCCAAGAGAAAAUAAUAAUAAUAAUAAUAAUAAUAAUUUAUUUGUACCCCGCCCAUCUGGCUGGGUCUCCCCAGCCACUCUGGGCAGCUUCCAACAAAGAUUAAAAGCACAAUAAAACAUUAAACAUUAAAAACCUCCCUAAACAGAGCUUCCUUCAGAUGUCUUCUAAAAGUCAGAUAGUUGUUUAUUUCCUUGACAUUUGACGGGAGGGCAUUCCGCAGGGCGGGUGCCACUACCGAGAAGGCCCUGUGCCUGGUUCCCUGUAACUUGGCUUCUCACAGUGAGGGAACUGCCAGAAGGCCCUCGGCGCUGGAUCUCAGUGUCCAGGCUGAACGAUGGGGAUGGAGACACUCCUUCUGGUCUACUGGGCCAAGGCAGUUUAGGGCUUUAAAGCUCAGCACCGGCACUUUGAAUUGUGCUUGUAAACGUCCAACCCCCUGAAAUGCUGGAAUAUUUCGCUGAAUUUAGGACUUUUACCCAUGACCUUGAGAUUAAAGAGCCUCGUUCUCUUUUUUCUUUUUUAAAUGAUAUUUAUUAAAGUUUCAAAGAAUACAAAAACAAAAAAUAAAAUACAAGAAAAUACAAAAUACAGAAAAAAAGAAUAAAGUUUUUAAGAUAUAACAAAAAAAUGAAAAAUAAAGAGAAACAUACAAAAUAAAAACAGUUAAAAACACGUUAAUUUUCCAUAGCAUAUCUUCCUUACACUUAUUUCCCUCCUCGUACCUCCCUUUUUUGUAUUCCAGUUCAGUUUGUUAGUUCAGCAAAUCCUUACCAUUAAGCUUUUACCCACUUGUAAACCUUUUUUCGUAUCUCUUAAAGCAUUACAGCUGGAAACCACUUAGUUUCUAUCCAACAUCCUUCUAAGAUUCCUUAAUUUUACAAUAUUUCUAUAAGUAGUCUUUAAAUUUCUUCCAAUCUUCUUUCACCGACUCUUCUCCCUGGCCUCGUUCUCUACUGACUACCAGGAAAAUGGAAUGCCUGCCAUCAAAACGGUGUGAGGGGAACAGGCCUUUUCUGCGAUUGCUCCCCGCUUGUGGAAUGCUUCUCUCAGAGAUGCUCACCUGGAGCCUUCGUUACAUAUCUUUAGGCAAAAACAUUCCUCUUUACCCAGGCCUUUGGCUAUUAAAUAAUCUAUGGCUUGUUAAAGCUGGGGGGGGGGGCUGUUAUUAUGAUUAUUGUUAUCAUGUCCAUUACUUUCCCCCCCAAAUUUUUUUAUUGGUUUUCCACAUUUAUGACAAAAAAAGGCAUUACAAAACACACAACAAAGAAAAACACUUUACAAUACAGUAAACUAAACAUAAAAAAGAAUUAUUUCUUCAGAUAUCUAAUUCUUAUAACAUUAAUAACUGACUUCCUCACAUCCCCUCUAACUGAAUUUCAUUAUAUCACCUGUAGGACAGAUCUCCAAAUUCAUAUUUCUAAUAAUAUUGACUCCUAACAUUUACGAAGCUCUUCUCCUUUGUUAAUAUUCUAAUCCUUAAUAUUUACUAACACAUAUUCUUAUUCUACUCCUAAGCCUAUUUAUUACUUCCAAGAGUUUUCUAAUCAUCUUAAGUUGCAGUUUUUGCUAAAUAUUCUUUAAAUUUCUUCCAAUCCUCUUGUCUCUCCUCUUCUUUCUGGUUGCGAAUUCUUCCAGUCAAGUCGGCCAGCUCCAAUAAAAUCCAUCAUGUCCGUUAGUAUGCUUUUUACUGCGUUUUUGUUUUUACGCUCUGCAAAAUGUGUUCUUAAUAUUGUACACUACCCUGGGAUCUUUAAAAUGGUGGGACAUAAACCAAAAUCGUCAUCAUCCAGCAAUCCAUGCAACAAUUGGGUGAUGAUUGCUCUUCCCAGAUCACCCAGUGUGCUUCUUGACUGAGCACAGGUUUGGACCGGCGGCUUGCAGUCUGCCUCAUAGCAACUGUUUUCUUUCUGCUCUGACUUUUGCAGAAGGUUCCGGUACUGAAGGUGUUGGCCAGGGACAGCUUUUGUGGCUGUUCCCCAGCGGAGAUUCGCAGGAUGGAGAAGAUCAUUCUGGACAAGUUGAACUGGGAUUUGCACAUAGCCACACCCCUGGACUUCCUUCAUAUUGUAAGCAUAUCAAAGGCCUUUUGGGGUGCGGGGAGAGAGAAAAGAGUGGCAAGCUUUUGGUGGUGUUGGGUGGAAAAAGGGACAACUCUAUCCAGCGUGCAGGAACUGGGGAGGUAUAUUCCUUUAUGCCAGGCCACUCUCUCAAGUGUUGUGUUAGAUAAGAUUGAUUUAUUGCUCAGAUAAGCUUGAGGUCCGGCACACUUCCCAUCGCAGCUCUGCAUUCCAAAGACCACAUUCCGAUACUUCUGAGCAUAGCAGAGUUUCAACAGCGGCAAGAGGAAACUAAAAAAAAAAACUCCAGUGCAUUCUUCAGUGUGCUUAAAUAAAGUCCACUCAGGAUCUUAGCAGCUAGAAGCAGUUUUAUUUACAGCAGGCUAUCCAUUAUCUAUCACAGCGAACAGCAUCACGAAAACACGUCCUCUCUCCUCAAAAGCGAAAGUAGAGAGAGAAGAACAAAGACUUGAGUCUCUCGGAACUGACGUAGAAGUUCCCUCCCAACAGUAGGCAGAGCGUACACUCUGAGCUGUUUAACCCUGUAAGCUCAGGUUCUCCUCACAUGUUGUUGCUUCCAAGAAAAGCCUUUAGGAUGGAGCGAAACAGAAUUAAAACUUAAAUUGCAUCAGUAGUCAGGGGCCAUCGCUGUGUGUUUUCCACAACGCCACCAUGCAAAUGCAGCACAGAAUUCGCUGUCGUUUUUAAAGGCUUUCUGAUUCUGAAGGCUUUGAAGCCGGGUGAGAAAACGUGUAGGUUUGCCUGGGAGCAUUUGCUGACAUCCGACGCAGGUGGCGCUGUGGUCUAAACCGCUGAGCCUCUUGGGCUUGCCGAUCAGAAGGUCGGCGGUUCGAAUCCCCGCGACGGGGUGAGCACCCGUUGCUCUGCCCCAGCUCCUGCCAACCUAGUAGUUUGAAAGCACACCAGUGCAAGUAGAUAAAUAGGUACCACUGUGGCCGGAAGGUAAAUGGCGUUUUUGUGCACUCUGGUUUCCGUCCCGGUGUCCUGUUGUGCCAGAAGCGGUUUAGUCAUGCUGGCCACAUGACCCGGAAAGCUGUCUGUGAACAAACACCGGCUCCCUUGGCCUGAAGCGAGAUGAGCACCACAACCCCAUAGCCGCCUUCGACUGGACUUCACCAUCUGGGGUCCUUUACUUAGAGAGGUGGUGAGAUCUCUGUCACUGGAUGAACACCGAGGAUGUUCUAACUCUGGAUUUCCAGAAUGAUGCCCUUCAAAUUGGUUUCAAAGCCGUUUAACCCCAGCCACCGCAAUACGAGUUACCGGUGUGUGUGGCUUUAAAACAGCAUUAGACAAAUUGGCGGAGGAGGCGGCUAUCUAUGCUGUUGUGCUCAGAUCCUGCUUGCAGGUUUUCCGUGGGCAUCUGGUUGGCCAUGGUGAGAACAGGAUGUUUUUAGGCUCUUUAAUAAUAAUGAUGAUGAUGAUGAUUUAUUUAUACCCUGCCCGUCUGGCUGGGUUUCCCGAGCAACUCUGGGCGGAUUCCAACAGAACACUAAAAUGCAAUAGCCUAUUAAACAUUAGAAGCUUCCCUGAACAGGGCUGCCUUCAGAUGUCUUCUAAAUGUCUGGUAGUUGUUUUUCUCUUUGACAUCUGGUGGGAGGGCAUUCCACAGGGCGGGUGCCACUACCGAGAAGGCCCUCUGCCUGGUUCCCUGUAACUUGGCUUCUCGCAGCGAGGGAACUGCCAGAAGGCCCUCGGCGCUGGACCUCAGUGUCCGGAAAGAAUGAUGGGGGUGGAGACGCUCCUUCAGGUAUGUUGGCACUUUUGUGUGUUGGCGCUAGUAAUCUCUAGCAGGGAACUGGCACUGCCUUCCCCAAACUGCCUUUCCUCUGGUUUUAAGCUGAAUUGGUGCCCUCAGGGCAGCCGUUCCUUAAGCCGUCUUAGUCAUGCUGCCCUUUCUCUCCCAAGUUCCACGCGGUGGCCUUAUCCACCCGGCCUCAACUGCUGACCACCUUGCCCAAGAUGAACCCGUCUCAGCAUGUGGCUCUUCUCACCAAGCAGCUGCUCCACUGCCUGGCCUGCUACCAGCUGCUCCAGUUCAAGGGGUCCAUGCUGGCCUUGGCCAUCGUCAGCCUGGAAGUGGAGAAACUCAUCCCUGACUGGCUCGCCCUCAUCAUCGAGCUGCUCCAGAAGGCACAGGUAGGCCUGGGGCGAUGAGGGAGCAAGAGCCCUGAGGCCUCGUUGAGAAUGACAAGCCUUGCCUUUUCUUUCUUUCUUCCUUCCUUCCUUCCUUCCUUCCUUCCUUCCUUUUUUAUUAAAUAAAUUUUAUUGACAUAUAAAACACAUAAAUAUACAUUUACACAAUACACGUACAUAACACGCUACCUUAUUUUCAUAACAUAAAACAUACCUACAUUACUCUAUAUAAUACCUACCUAUACUGUACAUAUCAACAUACCUACCCCACAUGGACACCCACCAAGGGACUUUACUUCCAGCCCUUCUUGUUACGCUACUUUAUUUGGCUGGCGGACCCUGCAAAGCCAGCUCUCCAGUGGCUCGAUUCCCCGAUGCGAGCUGGCAAGUGGAUGACUCUUCUCUUUGCUUCUUCCUCUCCUCUCUGAAUCCAGAUGGACAGCUCCCAGCUCAUCCACUGCCGGGAGCUGGUCGCACAGCACCUUUCCAGCUUGCAGCCGUCUCCGCCACCCAACUCGGUCUACGUCUACAGCCCCCUCAAGCACAACCUGGUGACCUGCCACGCCGGACCGGGCUUCCGAUUCCACCCAGGCUCCAAGGACAAGCCAGAAGUGCCAGUCAAGACCUCCGCUGCGCUCUCUCGGCGGCCGGCCCCCGGCAGGUGCAAGCAGGCGACGGCCAAGCGCAAAGUGGAGGAGAUGGAGGUGGACGACUUCUACGACGGGAUCAAGCGCCUGUACAACGAGGAGAAUGCUCCAGAGGCCGUAGCAGCCCUAGAGGGCAAGGCUGCCUCCGCCUGCGGGGCCGACGCGUCGCGGCAAGCGGCGUCCGCGUCGCCCUGCCCUCCCUUGCAGCCUGUUUCCGUUAUGUAG